AUGUCCCUAAGUGGUGGCACUGCAGGCGGGAAAGGUGUGGACUCGAAUGCGGUGGACACUUACGACAGCGGGGAUGAGUGGGAUAUUGGCGUUGGAAAUCUGAUUAUCGACCUUGACGCUGAUUUAGAGAAGGACAAACUUGAGAUGUCUGGAACCAAGGACGGUAUGGCGGCACCACCAAGUGCAGUUGCAGCAUUGCCAGAGAACAUCAGGUUUGUUAGUCCCGGGUCUGGCUCUCAAGGCAAGGAGAGCAAAUCCAAAUACAAGCGCAGUAAGAACUCUAAAGACAAUAGUAGCAAAGCUUCAGCAGGAGAUGGGGGUAAGAAAGAACCCACAGGACGGACUCAAGGGGAGCCAACAGGCACAGCAGCGGGUGCAGGAGCCGCUGGAAACAACGCCACCUCUGGGAAGAACAUGGAGAAAGGGGGCAAAGCCUCCAGAGGGGUUUUUGGUGGUAAAAAGGAGAAAGAGGGGGCGAGUGGGAAAAGUAAGAAGGACAAAACUGAUGGAGCCCCAGUGGUGGCGAUAACUGCUGUGGAGAAGGAUGUGGUGUCUCAAGCCCAAGUUGCUUUGGGGAAUAGUCGUAACACAUCCUUUGAGAACACACAAUCAACAGACUUGGCAGAAGCCAAUCAAAUGGGGAAUAUUGCACUUGAACCUGUUGGGAUAGUACCAACACUGACCACAAAAACUGAAUCAGAGGAGGUGGAGAAUGGAAAUAGUGAAUGCAAGACAUUGAAGAAGGUGAAAAACGAAAAGGUAAGGCAUCUGUUUCCUCUCUGUUGGUGCUUCAUGUGUUUGUUUGGUGGCUCGAACUACUCUGAGGUUUAAGUGGACACAAUCAGCUCUCAGAUAAUACCUAAGUUUGGGUUCCUAAGGAAUAAUACGUAAAGAAUCAUAGUUCUAUGCAAAAACUAUUGGGUGAAAUCAGGAGGAUUUCAGGAUGUCUUAAAGUGGUGAUGCUUUCAUACUUAAUGUUUGUGUUGAGGUUGAACUCAGCCUGGUGCUUUUAAUUGAUCAUGGUGAGAUCUCCCUCACAUUUCCUUAAAUUGCAAAUACUAUUGAGUAAUCACAUCCCUGAUUAAAGGCUGCGAAACAUUUACUGCAACCUGAACUACUGUGUCAAACCAGGAAGUUACACCAGUGAGUUUUCUUUGACAACAGAGUCUCAUUUUCAAUUUUCAGCUUCCAAACUUGAGAAACUGGUGUCGUGAAAUGAAAGUUAUUUAAACGUGUCGGGUAAAAACUCACUUAUCACUGCCUUCUCCAAAAACCUGCUACAAUUAGCGACAUUUUACUGCGAAAAGAGGAUUUUUUUUUGUAUUGGCGCUGGGUUUCAUGGAUGUAAUUAUCAUGGUUUGAAGCAACACAAUAGGAGCAGACUCUGUAGGGUUCUUGGAGUUGUGCUUUGUUACAGCCUGUCGCUUACAGCAGGCUCAGAGAUUCACUCUAUUCCCCUGAAGCUGCCUGACUCGUGAUGCAUAAAAAGACCUACUGCUGCUCUCUCUUUUAUUACCACACGGUGAAUAAGGGCACCCUAGGCGAAUAUGAUGCUGAGAUCAGCUACAGGAAAUAGCCCUCACAAUGGUGUUUCCUGACAGUACAGGCUUGAUUAAUUUUAAAGAGAUGCCCCAUAUGUCGGCUUUAUGUAAGAAAAAUCUAAAGCCGCGUUGGAAAUCAAAACCCGCCAACAUUAGAUACAAAUAACCAUGAAGUGUUGUGUACCAUACAUGAGCCAGUAAACCAAGUCCCACAGUCAGACAGCGGUAUAAUGGAGGUUGUCAGCCAUAAACAUCACAUCACGCCCGUGAAGUUAAGUAAAUGUCACAUCGUGUUCCCCUUUUUUUUAUUCACACAAUUUCAACGCUGACAUUAUCUCACAAGAACAAUAUAAAGAUUUGUGUAGCUGUUCACCCACACUUAUCUUGUUCACUCAUAGAGUUGAUCUAUCACUGCGUCUAUUGUACGCCUCGUAGCAGUCUUUUCAUGCUCUGGCAGAAUAAAAGACAGCAGAGCAGGGAGGUGCUGAGGACUGUUUUUGUCUGUCAUCGUGUUCCAUUCUUAAUCCCACAAGCCCCAGCGAUGCCUGCUGGAGCAGCGUGUGGGGGAGGGAUCCGGUGCAAAGCACGCCUUCGUCGUUUUUCCUGCUGCUCUGAAAGUGGCGUGGGGGAUGGGCUGUGAGGAAGCCUGUUUGAUUCCUUAAAUCCAGGACAACCAGUCAUGAGCACAAGCUGCAGAGUCUCCUUGGGCUGAUUGCUUUGAAAGGCAAUUUCAGGGAAGUCUUUGUAAUCAUAAAGUAUUUACAAUGAAGAGGCUUUUGAUGAAGAACCACGUGAAUUGGUUUACAACUCUGAAUAAAGCAGAGAGGUCACAACUGCUUUCAAAUAGCUGGCGGGUGAAAGGUAUCCUUGAAAGCACGGUGAAUAAAAAAAAUGUCUGUUAUUAUGUGGCUUUAAUGUCAGUUUGAAGAGCAGUUUUUAAAGUGAUAUUGAAUAUGUUGAAAGUUCUUGGAAAAAGCUUCUUUCAUAAAAUCAGAGCAGCUGAAGUAUGAGGCGUUAAAUCUAUGCUGUACGUUUGUAUAGCCCUGUAUAAGCAGAAGCCUAUAGGUGCAUCGCCUGCUGUGCCGUGAAACAACACAGACUGUAAACCCUGUGAUCGGUCUGCAACAUCCACCUUUGAUUUAGCGCCUUACAUUCAAUCUCCUGUGGCGUUUUCUCUCUUUUUUUAACGCAACAGGAGCAGUAUGUGUGACUGCAGCCUGACAUAUAUCAGCUCCAACUCCAACAUCAUACGCUCAGAUCAAGUUCCCAUGGUUCCCUGUACACAAACAAGCAGAGGAGCCAUUAACUGGCGAUUCACAAGUACUGAAAUUGCACCUAUGGUGAAGUGUUGCAGGGGAACGUGGAUACUCCAAUGCAGUGAUCUUUAAACAGUCAGUAUAUUUUCAUGCAGUUAAAGAAAUCAAUUUAUUGUCUCAAUCCAGCUGAAACUGGUAAGAGGACAGUGUCAGAUCUGCUGGUAUAGGGCUGAAUGAAAGAGUCUAAAAAUAAAAAUAUAUGAUUUUGAGACAUCAGAUCACAAAUGAUACUAGAGACUAAUGUUAAAUUUUUAUGUAUAUAAAGCCAUUCAUUUUGUUUAUUUUAUUCCUUCUUAUUGCGAUCAAUAUCACACAAGUUAUAUCUCCAUGUUGGUUUUUCUCAUAUCAUAUGUCCUUAUUUGAGCCUAGAGGCGCCACUUAGCCUGCAGUUCCAACUGUGACCACUUCACAGAAAUAGCAACUAGGGUUGGGAAUCACCAGUGGCCCCACAAUACGAUUUUAUCAUGAUACUUUGGCCACGAUACGAUAUUAUUGCAAUUUUUAACACUUUGCAAUACAGUGAGUAUUGUGAUUCAAUAUUAUUGCAAUUUAUACAAUUUUCCAACUGUUAAGCUAUGUUAGCAUUUGUUUUUCCUUUUAAGUUUGUCAUGUUUGAACAGUAUUUUAAAUUAUGUAGCACAUCUUGCAAACCAUAUAUAGUUGUUCUUAGCAAUUUAUUUGAAAAAUCGAUACUUGGUAAAUGAGAUGAUAUGAUACUUCACCAGACAAAAUAUCACAAAACUAUCUCCCUCCCCUUAUAACAACCUAUUAAAUUAUUUUGUGGCUUUGAAUAACUCAUGUUUAUCUGAGCUUGUGCUUGUUAAAAUCAACUACGUACACUUAGUUAAACAUCCUCUCCUCAGUAGAGUCCUGUCAAAACCAGCCCAGAUCUGCAGAACAGACGUGUCACACUGUCUUGUUUUACCUGCGACGUCUUAAAGCUUGGGAUGAAUCUUUUCCAUCACACACGUGGGAGUAGAGUCCCACUCUUCCUCCACACACCGGCCGCAGUAUCCUGCGUUUUGUCCACAGGCUAGACUCUCUUGGCAGUCUGCACUAACUGUGAAAUAGAUACUGAGGCUGAUGGGAAAAAAUGGCAAAGAAAAUGAUGAGUGACCUGACUCAACACUUCCUAUCUGUGCCCUUUGGGAGGAUUUAGGAAUCCUACUUUCUUCCUUAUGGGACUCAACAUUUGGAAAUCUACAUUCAGUCCUGGCAGCUCGAAGAAAUAACCUUAUCUGUUCGGUGGUUUUUAAAUCCUUUUUUUUUUUUUUGCUGUUUUUUGUGAAGAAUGUUGUUUACCGAGUAUGUUUACCGAGAAUUGCAGAGUGUAACAUCUCAGCAUUGUUUUGGAUAUCUAACGCAGAUUGGAGCAUUUGUCAGCCUCGUUACAGUCUGACUGUUGAUUUACAAGAACUAGCUGUCCCUUGUCCAAUUUAAUUCAAGCAUUAAUCAGUAUGAGUCUCAGCAGUAAUCUUGUUCUCCGAGGAGUAAGUGUAAUAGCACGGCUACAUUGUCCUUGUCCUGAGUGAAAGCCCCCUAAAGCAUUGGCUCUCAGAUGCUGAAUAAAUCAUCUCUACUUCCUCCAUACAAGUGCUAACCACCUCCGAGUGUGUCUCGCUCUCCCACCUCUCAUUAUACAAAUCUAGAGGAGUAAGGCAUUCGUCAGCUGCCUCAAUGUGCCACUGGCCUUGAUAAAUGGAGCAGCUCUCAUGGAAAAUUACAUUGGCAGUGUAACUAUGAAAAGGGGGCGAGGGAAAGGAAAGGCUGCGCUGGAAUGAAAGAGCCCAGGCGCCGCUCUGCAUCGCUGCUGAUGUCCGGCUGGGAGUGUGCAAGGAUCUCAUCAGAGCGAGCUUCAGUUCUUUCUCUUCGCCUCAGCCUGACUCACUGUUUCUAUUGUGCUGCAGCUUAUUCCUGUUAAGUAGUGCCAGGGCUUUUUAAAGGCGAUGGAGGAGAAGAGAGACAGUCACCCCGUUUAAGGAGGGGAGUAAAUUACCUGAACAUUAAGCAGCUCACUUACAAAGGGAGGCAGUUAGCUCACCUGUCCUUACUCUGGUGUGGCUGAUAUUGCAAAGAGGAGCAGAGCUUUGUUUUACCAACAGAAACAAACACAUGAAUGAAACCAUAUCUGCUUCAUACUGUUUAUUAAACAUGUGCUUUUAUGACAGUUCAAAUCUGGCACAAACACAAUCUGCAGGAUUUACUCCCAAUGACUGAAAUUUACACUCUCUGCAAACAUAUGCGCAUCAUUAGGGAAUUAUUCUGACAUAUUUACCCUGGGGCUUAUCUUUGUAUAUUCAGGGUCUUGAUACCUAAAAAAUACUGAGGUAUUUGGAAUAUAGGAGCCUCAGUCAGCAACCUUGAUGCUUUCAGAAAAAGGAUGUGCAACUCCUCACUGUCAUUAAGGGCUCUUUUUUACACCUAAAGACUGCAGUUUCUUGGGCAGGGUUUCAACCAAAGUUUGUUUUCAAGCUAAUUUCAUAAUUCAUUUAAGAAAUACUGAAAACACACACUUAUACACACAUAAAAAAAACAGUUUUUGCAAAUCAGAUCAAAGUCAGAUUGAGAGUUUGUUUUAAAUGCCUCAGAGUAAUGUGGCAGCUCAAAUCUGCUUUCAAAGUCUAUUUUGUGUCACUUGAAAUAGAAAAAUGAGAACAGCAAAUUCAGACUGACAGGAGUGAGUCAAAGCCGCCGAGGCUAAGACGCAACAACAACCAGUCCAGAUGUUGGUAAUGUUCGGACUCUGGACACACAAAUCUGAUCUCUGAUUGUUUGCAAAUGACGUUGCAGACAAAAUUGGAUUUCUUAAAGAUCUGAUUUAAGAAGCGAAUCUGAUUUGCAUGGACCCCUUCGUGGUAGUCAGCAUUUUGCAAAGGAUGAGUGGAGUUUUAAGAGUUUACUGAAGGAGUAAGACAGAGUGGUAACAUAAGACAUAAAUACCCCAACCUAUGAUCAGGGACCCUGUUCAAAGGAAACACUGUUGACUCUUGGCUGUUUUUGUACCUUCAGAGUUUCUUCUCAGUAGUUUCAUGGCUUGUAAACCUUUAAAAGACUUCCAUAAUGGUGCCUAGAAAACUAAAACCUCCACAUAAUAAUCCAUUUUUCAGAUCAUAAAAUAGCAAUCCUAUGCAAAUUGCAGAAAGACGGAAAUUGAUGUUAAAUUAAAUGAUCAUUGAAAAACCCUUUUAACCGUUCAUGUGGAAAACGGAGUUUAAACAUCAAUUUGACGGGAAGUUUCGUAUUGGAUUAUCUCCCAGCUCUGGUUUAUUGUUGUUUGUGAUUUCGGUGAUGUUUCUCAGCCUGUUUGAAGUGCUCACCCUCAGGGAGUCCCUCACUGCUACAGGAAGAAAACAUUUGACACUAAUUGUUUUCUGCGGCUGCCGUCAGCAACUGCCUUCGAAGUGCCGUGAACCAGUUUGGGCCCGCAGACACAACAAAAUACUCGACUGUACAUGAGGUAUGAUAUUAAAUACAAUUAUGGAAGUUAAUCAUGAGGUUUUUUAAAGCUGGGCAGCUGUUAAAAAGGAUAUAAAACUGAGGAUGUAGUUAGAUUAUUUGAACUGAAUGUGUCUCGGGAUGCUCCAUUUUUCCAGAAGGCUCCAUGCAAACAGUGAAUACAGCAUGAUUUCAAGGUUUGUGGUGUCCUGUCAUUAACUGACAUGCAAACAGAAGUCUGAAGAGGAGUAGAAUCAGUGUAAAUUGAAGCGGCUAAUGCAAGUUGGUGACAUAUUAACUACAAAAAAAUUCAUAUUUGAUUGUCAUGAUUUCAUGAUUUAGUUGCAGUUGCACACAGUGAUCAAGUGUAUGUGGAAACCUUUACCCUCAUUUUUGUUUUUGAGAAAGACAAUAAAAAGUAAAAAAAAAAAUACAUCCCUCCUGUCCUCGUGUACCAGCACUGGACAGGAAUCCAUUGACCAACUUAAGUUUUGCACCUCCUCUUCGGUAGGUGGCGGACCAUUUCUUAGUUGACCUAUUACGUCACAAAACAAUCGACAAACAAGCUAGCAAGAGGCUAAUUUGCCAAGCAGUGAAGACACAGACAGUUUCACAGCUCUGUGCCUUUAACACCUAUGAUUUAUCAGCUUUGUCACGGCUACUAGUUUUGAUCACUACCCAUAGGGCUGCAGCUAUUGAAUAUUUUCGUAAUCAUGCAUUCUACUGAAUAUUCCAUUGAUUAAAUGAACAUUUUUUUUUAGUUUAAGUGCAAUUAUCCUGGAAGAAUUGUGGAACAAGCAUGUGCAAGGGGCGGAUUGCAAUGCUCGUAAGAAAGCUAAUUAUGUUAUCUGCUACUACAUCAGCAAUGUUAGGCUACAAGCUAGCAUAAAUAGGAGUGUGCAGAGCAGCGCUGUCUCCGCCCACUACUCAGAGGUGAAGCGCUACUGGAGCUCUGCAGAAGAAAGCCCCACUAAACAUUCAUGUCUUCCGCCCCACAAAACCAAAACCGCGCUUACUCCCUUUCUACUGUGGUGAUGUAAGUGCGUUGUUUCACCUUGAAAAUAAUCUGGGCAAAACAGUGACGAUUUUGUAAUCGAGGUGCUCGAGGAAUCGUUUGAGCCCUAACCACCCAGCUUCUUUCAGUGCAUUCAUACUGACUUCUAAGAAACAUACUGUAUUAUCUAUGAGCUGCAACUUCAACAAAUUUGAAAUUCGACUCACUGAUAUCCAUUUACACGGAUUUUAGAAAUCCAGUUUCAGUCGGGCUAUCCAAACAGAUCUCUUGUUAUUAUAAGAUCAUGUCAAAGUACUGAGUGUUUUGAGCAUGACGACCCAGUUUGUCCUCAUUUUUGCAUUGCUGGCUCUUGGUAAGCAGCUUCAAUAUCUUAUUUGAAGUUCAUUAAAAAGCACGCAUGAUCCAGUAUUUCUCUGCCUGUGGUCACUACUGAAGAAUCUGCUACACCAAUUCAACAGUCAGAUCCACAUCCCUGUGUGAACCACUGAUCGGUAUUUACCCAAAGAAAUCCACAUGAGAGAUACUACAGCAUGAACCAACAUUAAAGCCAACUCAUCAUCUCACACAAGAGAGCACAGGCUCCUGUAUUGAACCAGAACCAGAAUGCUUAGGGCACAUAAACUUUAUAGUCUUGCAGCUCAGGAAAUACUUGUCAGGAAGGAGGCUCCACAGGUUUUACCUUGGAAAUCUGUCCUACUGGAACCAGGUUUUUCCAGUCAUUAACGCCGCCCGAGGUAGCCUUGACCUCAGUGAAUGUUUAGCCUGACGUGUGCUUUGUGGAGACUUUUGGGGUUUGUCACUUCUGAUGAUGGAUAUGAAGUCAGUCGUUUAAACAGUCUGAAAGAACAAAUGUGGUUAAAGUGAGAGUAGACUUCAGGGAGCUCAGAUCUGAUACUGUACCGGAGAAACUGACAAAGUCUCUCUGAUCAUGAAUGUAUUUAAUUAAUAACAAGCAGUUCUAAACAACAGAGACGUAUUCAUAAUUCAAACCUUACAAUAUCCCAGAGCUAAUUAAGGUGCACAUAAUCCUGCAGACUCCAUGCUGGGAGUGUGAAAGCAGCAUUGUUGGAGCAGCUUGGUAUUUAUUCUAAGUAAAAGCCCUCUUUGACUCCUUCUUUCAAGUAUUUCUCUUUGAAGGUCGUAAUUUGAAAACCAGCUCUUUUGUAUUAAAUAUUAAAGAUGCUUGAUUUCUUAUAUCAAUAAAAAAAUAUUUUGCAUCUUUAAUGGAUUUUGAUCCGUGAAAGUAGCUUUUGAUGGCUUUGUUUUCUCGUUUAACAUUUUUGUUGUAAUUAAGUCCGUUUGUAGCCGAGAUUAAAAGCCUUAUUUUUAGAAAUUUAUCUGUAUUUAAUAUGUUUGUUGGCAAAAAUGAGAAGUAUAUGCAAAGAGUCAUAGCUGCAUUCACGGUAAAAGCCUGUUUCAUACAGCCUUUAGGAAUUUGGUGAGACUUUAUUUCUGCACCAGUAUCUUUUCAAAAACUUCUUUUACCUCCUGUUUUGAACAAACACAGCGUAGUAUCCCACAUUAAGAAUUGAUGUGAUGGUUUCCUACAGUGACACGAAACAUGUUGGGCUACUUUUUGCCAAAAAGCAAUCACAGAUCUGUCAAACAAAGCCCCCGUCACGCUUUGUCUCUCCUUCCCCUGUAGUUCUCUCUCUCUGCUAAGCUCUCCACGAGGUGUUUUGCUGUGUCUGGAUCAGCUCGCUGCGAGGGGAGGCAUGUGUGGGGGGAAGGGAGCAAAGGCUUGUACAACUAAUUCAGCUCAUGAAAGACUUAUGCAGCAAGAGCAGCUGUCUUCCAUUGUCAGGCUGCAAAUUUCCAGUGUGCCUCAUUUCGCCUCUCAAUGCGUGAGUAGAAAGAGAGGCAGGGAGGGGACAACAGAGAGGAAAUAAGAUGGGGGGAAAAAACAAGCAAGACAGAGGGACAAAUAUCAAGACUUUCAUUGCCUUAACUGGAUGGAGGCUCAGUUCUGCUUUUUCUGUUUCAACCACGAUGGGUGUGUGGUGUGACCAGAGUCUAAUAAUAAACCCUGAGCCUAUUCAGACUCAGUGUGCAGUAUGUAGAUAGAUAAAAAGAGCUCUGCUGCUGAGAGAGGAGAAAGAGAGGGCAUAUAAGGGGUAAGAGGACGUUGGGGUGGGUGGGUAAAGAAGUGCCUGAGAUUAGCAGAGGAGGGAGGGAGCGCUGAGCAGUGUUAUGAAUGGAUAGAGUCUUUAACCCCCCCUCCAACACACUGAAUAGUUUGUCACAGGCUGCUGCGGCUCUAUGAGGAAUGAGAGGAGCUGGCUGAGAGCUCUCAGAUUCCUGAAUCCUUGAGGCAUGUGGUCUGAUUAGCAGAACAAAACCCACACAGUGGGGAGGAGCAGACGUGGCUUUUUUUCCCCCCCUCAACUGGAAUUUUCUACCAGCGAGGGGGAGAAGAGGUGGCUCAGAGUUUGCACCGACUUGCUACGGCUGUAAAAGAGUUUGCAGACCAUGUUUGGGGAUUUCUCAGUUGCAGCUAAGGGCUUUGUUUCUGUACGAUCGCCAUUGUCUCGAUUCUUAAUUCUUUCCUCAUGCUAGUCCGACCUUUAGAUUUGAAUGCAGCACAUGUUAAAAUACUUCUGAGUCCACACACAGGUUUGACCAUGAAACCCUUGAUGAGAAAACAUUUGUAGUCCAGGAGCUUAACUGCGUGUGAAAGGUUUUUUUUUCUUUUUUUUUAGUUUAACAAAGAGGAAGUUAACAGCGAGGCAGUGUUUGAGCAAGAGUGAUUAUACAGAGGAUUACGCGCCUUGCCCUCCCCCCUUAAUGCACGGCUAAGGAGAUUGUUUGCAGCCAGUUUGUCGUUAAAUGGGUGAAGUUGAGAAAAUCAGCAGUGUUUGUAGCUGCUUUUCAGCAGUGAUUUUCCUUCUCCUCUGAAGUCUAAUGUUCUUAAAAUGCUUCAAAUUUGCUGCUUAGCUCUGUUCUUUGAUUCUCCUGCGUUGAGUUCAAAGACUGAAUGCCUUUAAUCUUUUAUUCAUACGAAUGUGAUAAAUUUGGGAAUGUGUGUUCUGAAACUCUCCUCUUCUCUGAGCUCAACACUGACCUGCCAACAGAAAGUCAAUAUCCUGUUCUUUCAAAUUCUGACAUUUCUGCAAUAUUUUGGAUCCCACAGAGUCAGACUAGUGAUUUUUUAUUACUACCACCAUAGCUGUUAGAGUAAAAAUGACAGCAUGUGUUAGCAUUAUCCAUGUCAAACCUUUUGAUUCUUUGGUACUUAUUGAUGCCAUGUCCUGGUAUCAAAAGCACAGAAAACCUUGAAGAUGAUCUUUUCUACACUUAAACUUUCAACCAGAAGCUACCGUGAGUAAAUGAAAGAGAACAGUAUUGACCAAUUUACUUGGAUGUUACGUAAAGAGAAGCAGCACCCAUAAAGUAAAUAAUCCAGCAAAACUAAAUAAUAAGACCUUACUGUCUGAUAGUUGAAAAAACUAAUAGAUUUGUCCACAUUGAUGCCCAAUUGGUGGGAAGUGCACUAUUUUCCAGCUGCUGUGUGUGUCUUUGCUCAGCCCUCCAUCACAGCCUCUCCCUCUCAGUCAAAGGUCAGCAAAUACUGAUAUUUGAAGGUCUUUAAAGUAUCUUACUAGGACACAUAUUGGCUUUAUGUCUGUCUAAGGGAACAAAGAAGAGAGACAGCAACAUCCACUGAAAUCUACAUGUCGUAGCCCCUCAUAAAUGUUUGUCUUCAGUGUACGUUUCUGUAUGAGUCAGCAAAGAGGUGAAGGGUGGAUUAAAAAAAACAUACAGUUAUGGGAGGUAACUAUUUUUGGUGCUAAGGAUGUCAUUUUCUUGAGUAAGUGAAAUGUGCUCAUCACAUUUUCCUAAAGUACACCACAAGAGGUUUUGUCAGAAACACCAAAAGCCAAAGAUAUUCCCCUGACUUUAUUGUAAGACACCAAAAUAUUGGAAAUUCUCAUAUUUCAGAACCUAAAACUAUGAAAUGUACAAGUCCACGGUAAGAUUACAAACUUCCACAGUGAACUUAGCAGCAGUUUAACAAACGCUUGCUUUCGUGUGUGUGUUUAUGGGAGAAGUACAAAUGGGAUUAAUUUGACCCAGUUAACCUCGAGUUAAUGUGUUUCCACAAAAACAAACUCUGUCUUUUAUCAUGCCACUACCCACACAUGUAAUUAUACAUUUUCUUUGCAUGUGCUUUGAUGCUCCCAGACAUUGAUCGGGGAAUAUUCUCGAAUAAAACCUCUUAAACUGGGCUACUGCCUCAAGCUAGCCUGCCGCUGCAACACAUCCAGUCUAGACGGGACGAUCCACUCAGUACGGAAAGAAAUGUUUUUGUUUUUUUUUCUGCAUACCAAAAGACGUUGGGAAAGAUGCUUUGAACAUGGCAGCGUGCUGGAGCUUGCUGUAUAGACUUGUCAGAUUCUUAACUCAUUUUUCUGCUCCAACUCCCACUGUGUGAUUAUCUAUAAUUGGUCUAAAAAUACCACUCCAUGGGUUGUAUAGCCUUUUGGGAAAAGAGGCAUUCACAGUUAUGUGUGGCUCGCUUGGCUGCUCCAGUUUGGGGAGUUUGCACUGUGGUUUUUAAUCCGAGUGUUUGAGGUGCUGGGAAGAAGAAACUCUCCUCCAAGAAAUUAGAGGAAAUGUUGAUUGAAGUAAUGAAGGAGUUAAACGCUCAUGCUUGUCCGUAGGUUUCCAAACAUCACGUUGUUGACUUGGUUGAAAAAUCUGAGAUGUUUGAAUAAAGCUGCGUGCUGUCAGAGUGCUUUUGAAAGAUAUUAACAGUACGUUAUUAUCGCAACAGUCUUUUUCGUGUCUUCCUCUGUUCGACACAGCAAGCCGUCUUGUCAUUUCACUCUCAGUUAAACCCUCGCCGAGGUAGACAACUGAACAAACAGACAUAAUGGCUAAUCCAUUUUCUUAUCUGUCAGAUGGUGUUGUGGGGCUGUGUUUGUUUGUUGUUUUGCUGGCUGAGGAAGUUCUUCGGGGCUUAUCCCUCUUGUUACAUUUCGCUGGACGUCAGAAGGCUGUCUGCCAGAAAUAGAGCAGCGGCGGUCCACAUUUUCAGAGUGAGACAUCAGAGAAGCAGGUUAGAUCAUGCGCCCUGUCUUCACUUAGAGCCAAACAGAGAGGUCAGCCUGGAGAGCACAGCUCUUUCCUCUAAUCCACAGACUAACAGGCCUCCUCUGUGCAUUAUUCAGUAUCAGCUGUUUGAAUAUGAAUUAGUGCCUCUUGCCUGUUAAAAUGAGUUAAACAACAAAAGGAUCCAAUGCUCUGUUUUGUCUGAAGUUUGCAGUUGCACUUUGGUGCAUUGCAUCUCGGCCUGAAGUGUGCAUGCAUGCUCCCAAGCCUGGAAGUACAGAUCUGAGAUGAAAGGAUUUUCUUCCCCAUUUUAAUCCACACAGACAGCCAGGCCCUUGUGAUUAUUCCCGCCCCCUUCUCUCCACUCAUCUCUUUGAAUGCAGGGCCUUUCUAAUUCACCCUAAAAAGGGUUUCAAAAGGGGAUUAUACCACUGAUAGAAAUUAAAGGGAGAACACGUCCGUCCUUUGGGACCAAUGUCAAACAUUCAUGAGUUGAUAGAUGCUUCAACAGUGCACAGUGUACGCCUGAGUUUAGAGCUUGUUUGUAUCUCUCGAGGCUUUUUAUUUUCAACAUCAAACCACUGAUUAUCGUUUACUAAUGAUGGAUAGUAAAAUGAAAGUGCGGGCUUUUGUUUUCAGAGGAGAUUUCUUAGGCGUGUUGAUCUGUGGUGUGAAGAAAACAGCUCUAGAGGAAACGCCUACAUGCAGUUUGUUGGCUGAGGCUCCCUUUAAGAAGAAAGUUUGUACAACAACUGGAGAAUAUGAUUCAAUAAAAAAUGACCAAGUCAACCUUUAAGUCAUUAUUUCGUUAGUAUCUAACAACAUAAUGAGGAGAAAUUGGAAAAUAUCUAAAGAAAGAGUUUCCUUUCUUCAGAUAAUUUCCUUUUUACAUCAUGUUUGGUAUUCAUGACAGAUUCUAGAGCAUUUAACAUCAAGCGUAUGUUUGCUGUUGAAGUUUUAGCAUAGGAUAGAGAAACUGUACAAAAGCUUUUAACAGGAUUUAAUGUUCAGUUUGGUAUGUGAGCGUUUCACCACUUUUUGAGGACAAAGAAGUUAAACCUUGUGUUUAUCCGGGACAUUUAUCGGGACACUGAAGCAGAUAUCGUGAUACCAAAGCUAUGACGAGUAACGUUAAAGUAGUAAUCUUUAUAAUAGUAGCAAAGCCAGAGUUAACCAAGUUUUGUCUGUGUUACCUCCAAGUUACUUAUUUUCUAUAACAAUCAAUGACCAAGGGAUGGAAACCAAAAACAAUCUCCAGCCAUUUCGAGUCAAUGAAAUUUGCUUCUACUCAGCAGUUCCCUUAUCAGUGCCAUACACUCGUGUAAUAAUGUGAUUCUUCGUGAGCUGAGUCAAGGAGGUAAUCACAGCAGACAGGAGACAAGAGCGGUGCAGAACUGCUGUUGUAUACAACAGAAUAUUUUUGUGCUUACAAUAUAUCAUCUCUGAAAGUACAAUGGUGCAUACUGACUUACUGUAAAAUCCACUUGCUGUGUAAGAUGAGCAGCUUUCUGACAAUAAACCCCUAGAGCUUCUGGGACUUCCAGGGAGUUUUCUGUCCCACAGAGUAGAUCAGUGAUUUUUUAGAGACUGUCAGAUUCAACCCCUUAAAAAAAACGAAGGAAAUCUGUGAAGGUUUAUGCACUAAUUCUAGUGUCAUCUCUGUUGCUCUCAGAGGCUGCCAUCUUUGUGUUGGUCUCUUCAAUCAGCUGACCAUAAACCAGGCUCUUUUGUCCCAGUAGAGUAGUGAGGGUAAUAAAAGUCGUAAAAACGUGUGUUGUUGGCUCAGUAAACCUGCAUAGGAAUACAGGAAACAAUGAAGGGUGCGUUAAUAAUCAGAAUUGAUAAUGGCAUCAGUAUCAGUAAAAUCUUAUCACUUGCUAUCUCUGCACACUAAAAAAGAAAAGAGUGGCAUAAAAAGAAAAUCUGUGCUUUCAAAACAAAUGAAUGCUUCACUAGAGCUUCAUCUGCACCACAGUGGGUGAUGGCGCUCAUGGGAAAUGUAGUCUUUACCCCAGAACCAACACAACAUUAAAACUCCUCCUGGUGUCAUUGAGGAAGAAAAACUGUACAAUCAUGUGGAAAACAUUUCACUUAUUUGUGAUUUAGUUCCAGAUCUGGUCCAAAUUGUGCUCCUUGGCCGUUGCUUCUCUUUCCACUAAUUUAUAUAAAAGUUUUGGCCAAUUAAGCCCCAUCAUCCUUCAGACACACUCACCAAAAUGUGGCUCUGAAAACACGACCUUCAUGGUGGAGCUAAUUAAUGAGAGAAAAAGCGUUUCAGUCGAUUGGAAAAAUACUCUGAAUGACCGUAAAUUGGAUUGUCAAUGUGGCAUAAAAGCAGAUCAGUACCAGUCUUAUAUCAGUGCGAGGGGAAAACACAUCCUGUAUAUUCAAGGCUCUUUUCUGUCUUUCGUCUGCUGGUAUCUGCCUUAAAUUUACUUCCUUGGCAGAGCGUCGCUCUUAUGAGAGCUUACGACUGAAGCUCCUUCAUGUUGAACACGUUUGGGGAAAGAGAGUGAGGUAAAGCCUGGAGUGACUCAUUGACCUGAACAACUUAACGCUUCAUCAACACUGAAUCCCUGUAAUCCUCACCUCCAAUCAAACGCUCCUCAGGAGAAAUAAAUAGAUAAAUAAAUAAUAACUGUACAAACACGGUGUGAUUGUUCAGUUCUGCUGCUCUGACUCAAGUGUCGCUUCGCUGCCAGAUCCUUUCAAACCCAGUGACAUGGAACUAUUUGACUUUGGCAUGGAGGCGUCGGUCACUGUUUACAUGACUUUUAAAAUUUAUGCAGCUGGCAGAGGAUCUCUGACCGGGGCCGCACUUGGCAAAUGAGUGGUGAGAGCGUUAAAAACACAAUAUAAAAAAGAGUUAUUAUCUCCAGAAGCGUCACAUAAACCAGCCUUACUCUAGAAAUGACUCAGACCAACAUUAGCUUCGAAAUGAGAGCUUCAAAAUAAACCGUACAAUUAGUGUUAGAUGUUGUGAAUGCAGCUUGUACCUUGUACAUUUUAUGCAGCUUUACUGUUUUUAUUCCUCCUCUUCGUCCUACAUAAUACUGCAGACUCUCUUUCCAGACUCUGACCCCUGUGUCCUAUAGAUUUUUUUUUUGCAUUUACAUGAUGUACAGCAUCAAAAGCUUUAAAUGCCAUAAGAGAUAAAUGUAGGUUGUCCUCUGCUUAUACCUCUCCUCAAAACCUGGUCCUCUGCCAAGGUUUUUAUAGUCUCCAGUGUGUCGAGGUUUGAUUUUCUCGUGCUGUUUGGUUUCCUUAAACAAGAGUACCACAUGCAUCAAAGUCACCUCUGCCACAGCCGCCCUCUUCUGAAUGCUGAUCCGCUCAGUGCAGACUGGAACUGUGUCCUUGAAUACAGAAGCGCAGCAUUAUCUGUUGUCGGCAGAGAAAAAGUCCCCUGUCCAAACAGUGUUCGUCCUGUUUUCUGUUUCAGCUCCAGACCCUUACGGUCAGCAGUCUUGUCAGUUAUGUUUUUCUUUUUUUUUAUUCACUGCAGUUAUGAGUAAGGCUGCAAUGUGGGAAGUACUGCUGGAAAUAAUUAAACGACCAUAAUCGUGCAAAGAAAAACAAAACACGAAGAAUCCAGGUGGAUAUUACUCUUUAGCAGAAUCCCUAUUGGCCGACGCCUUGGCAACUAUUAUUCUUCCCCGGGUCAUUUCAUACUGAAAAGCAUUUUCAUUUUCCCCAGUACACCCAAAAUUAAUGUCUGUGGGACUGGGAGAAAACCAGAACCACCUGGAAGUGACCCAUUCACACAGAGGAGGAGGAGGAGGAACAUUCAAAGUUUUGAAAAAUGCAGGCCGUGAGAGCAGAAAAAGUUCAAUCUGGCUCAGAUUUUACCCUGACACAAGGAGACUGUCUUUGACAUUAAGAGUCAGUUAUAUCCGUCUACUGCUUAUUUGUCUGUCAUAGAGUUAAAGCAGGGUGUGAAUCCUUGAGGUCGUGUUUUAUUUUAAUGUUAAAAACCAGUAUCUAAAAUAAUUCAGUCCUUGAUGAUGAAGAGCUAGAUACAUCGUUGAAUUUGUUUUUCACGCUCUCAGUAGACAUAACAUCUUUCUCCGGGGCUGAGUAGUUGAGGGGUGAGCCGUCUCGCUCCCCGACUGUCUCGGCUGAGAGCUGUGCAUGCAAACAAAACACAGCAUAAUGGUGGUGUUUGCUGCUGCAGCAGUGUGUCCUAAAGCCUUCAUGUCUGAGAGCAUCUCACUGGUAAUGCAGCAAAUAAAUGCAGCUUGUAAAAUUCUCACAGCAGGCCUGUGUGAACGUUUGAAGAAAAGGUAACAGUGGGCGUCUGAUUUGGACAUCUGCCAUGACAUUCAGCUUUACACUCCAAAGUCAGAGCCAUGUUGUGUGAUAUUUAUCACUUAUUUACGGCGUUUUCAGCCCCUCGUAUUAAAACUCAGGAUCACAGAGUCUGCGGGUAAACAAAGUGGUUUGCUAAGUAAAGCGAACAGUACCACCAGCCUUUGGUCCUCCUUGCCUGCGGUGGUUGUGUGGUUAUGAGCCAGUGUAAACAGCCACAGCCUUUAAAAGACUUUUUCUUCAUAUUCUGGAUUAAAUACCAUCAACACGAUGAAAAACCAUGCGUCAUCUGUGUUUGUUUACAUCCGGGUAGUAGAGCAUUCUGUCUGUCUGCUAUGAGUACUCCUUCAAACUCCAUGUUUCCCACUUCUCUGACCAGAUUUCUUCACCAGAUGAACAAUAACAGAUCACUUAAAGAGAUUCUUUGGCAUUUUAAAACUCAUCUUUAUCCAUCUAAGACAACUGCUACAGCUGUUUUGGGUGUUUGUGUCUCUGGAGCAUUUUUUACUUAAGCUGUAAAAUAUGUUACUCUGUCAGCACCACAACAAUCAUUCGGCAUAGCUGGUGGCCUGAAAAUGAUCCAGACUCUUUCUGCUCUCCACAUUUGCUCAUUUGCUUGCAUUGCAGUCUAAAGUUAUACACCACAAAUAGAUCAUGAUUGCAGCAGAUGUGGGAUGUGGAAUAAGAUACGUAUACUGUUGUAUUGGCUGCAUUUACUCAGACCAAAGUGUGCAGCUAAGCAAAAUAUAUCUUCAUCUGUCCAUCGGCAAGUAGGAGCACAGCUAAAAAGAUGGCUGAAAAUCCCCCUCCUGAAAAUCUCUGCUCUCUUCCCUCUGCUUUUACACUUCCCGCUCUCCGCAUUACGGCCUUGAAUGUCUGUGCGAUGUUUAUGUUGUCAUCCGCUGCUGUGCGUGUCCAGCCAAAGCAAAGUGUACAAGCAGAGGGCACGCACUGACAAACAUGUUUGAGCACAUCUGCUUAUGCAAACAGCCAGUGUAGUGUAAGCAGAACUGUGUGGCAGACAUGGACCUUUUUCUGAACUGUAUGUGCCGUGAGAUUAGUUUGAAGUAUAAAUAAAUCAAGCAGACAGGGUUGUGUUUAGCUGGGUUACUGCUUUUGACUCGAAGUGCUUCGGUGGAGCUCACAUGAGCCGUGGGGUUGAUAGCUCGGCAUGUCUGAAAUGGAUGUUAUUCCCUUUCAACUGCAGAGCAAGCCUCUUGAAUUAGUCGUUGUUUUGCUGAGAUGACUUUACACCAUCCACCCCUAAAAAAAAAAAACGUACAAUUACCCAAGCAAGCUCUGUAUUUCCUAUGAUAGUCAAACCUCCUGAGUGCUUUCCUUUCCUUUUCCCAAACAUCCCAAAAGGACUUGAGGGUUGUUAUUAUUAUAGCAGGCAAAGGGGGGAGGAUGUGUGAGCGGAUCAAUAAAGGUGAAGUUAAUAUGGAAAUGAGCUCCUCCUUGCAAUGCAGACUGGGGAGUUGUUUAGUCCUUGGCAAUGAGCUGAGCUCGCACAUUCAAUUAUGUUUGGUAAGUGGGGCCUCUCUGUCCAUCUGGAAAACUAAAUUAUGUUUAAUCAUAUCCAUUAGGUUUAUGUAGCCUUAGAAGAGUCAGACACUUUCCUGUUAAAUCCACUCUCUUACAAGUCCUACUUGUCGUGGUAUUUUUUAUGGUUAAUGGCAGAGCUGAGGAUAUCGUCCCAAAGGUUGAGGCAAUUCGGUUAUUGCUGCAUAACGGGAGGUUUUAAGAUGUGUUGCAUGAAUCCACAAUCUCUGCCUGUGCAUCAUGACCUUCAGACUGUACUUUACAUUGAUUAUGUUCUGCCAUUUUGUCCUGAUCUAGUUAGGAUGAAUGUCAAACCUCCCCGUGUCCCUCAAUAUCUGCAGACCACAUUAUCAUAUAAGCUGUGUGAAUGAGAGCUGCUGCCGUGUUGCUUUAGGAGAAGGCUCGGGGAAACAUGAGGGAGUUGUAGUCUGUUCGUUUUUAAAACACUGUCUAAUACAUACUGUGAGUUAAAUUAUUAAUCCAAUCUCAUCUCAAGCCUGCUAUGAAUUAUUGAGCUGCAAAGAGGCAAAGUGUUGGGAAUAGAUGUACUAGGAAAACCUUGGAGUAGAAGCCAAAUACAGCUGUAACAAAUAUCCUUUUGCAUGGCUAACAAAUAUGAAAAGUAGCACAGCUAUAUUUGGUGAUUUUUCUUUAACAUUCCAGCUGCACAUACACGAAAUGCCUCAAACUAUCUUAAGAGGUGUUUAUCUUUUACUAACAAUACAUAAAGCCGACCCCCUGGCUCUCGAGACUGUCAGUUUGACGGUAAGUCCCCAGGAUAAAUAAAGAUGGAGGGUAUCAUCUGUGUGUGUGUGUGGACAGCAGCUGCAGACAGCGAGGAGGAAGAAGAGGAGGGGGAAGAGGGGACUACAAUGACUGCACUGACUGUUUAUUUUUAUCAGGGCAUUAGCAGAUUAGGCACUCAAACUAACAAGGUCAUCAAACUCUGAUGGCUGAGAGCAGCAGACCUCUGCUGAGCGGCUGGCAGAGAGAGGGGAGAUUUGCUGUGUUACAGCAGGUUUCACUUCACUCCCUGCUCCCUCGACAUCACCCACAGCCUGACUUAUUAGUGCUUUUAAUGAACUGAAGAGCUCAGAGAGAGAAUUUGUUUGGAGAUUCCCCAUCAGCCCUUUGAUUCAAUGGCAAUUCGAGGCACGCUUCAAGCCUUUACUGAGCACUUUUAGAUUGAUUUGAUACAUCCUGAAGUGGAUUCACUUCCAGAUUGGCCUGUUUGAGCAUGUUUUUCACUCUUCUCAGAUAACUCCCCGGAUUAAAUUCGAGUCACUUCCAGUCUAUAAUUACCAAAACAAGUCAUGGACGUGCUGUAAGGAUCAGAAAAUAAGCUGCGGUGUUACUUACCCAGCCUUGCUCUUCUUCUGACCUGCCUUGUCAAGUAUUUUUCCCUCUCACCAGCCAGAGUGUUGAAAUGUCAUGUGGAGCCAGCUUCAGUUUUUCAUUGCCCAGAGGUGUAUUAAGGUGUAAAAGUCUAUAGGGGCUCUGAGGGUGCAGUGCAAAAGCUACUGGCACUCAGUAAUAGUGCACAUCAGCGUCCAUUAAGAUAGACACGGUUCAAUAGGAGCUCUGUGAGGCAGCCAGCAGCAGAGGUCAAUCAGAGUAGCAAGCCCUAGUUAAAGGAGCAGCAUGAGGGACAGCACGGUGAGUGCAAAUCAAGAACUGUCUGCAGACCAAAGCAGAGCACUCCUCAGGAUGUAGUACACAUAUUUCUCCCCCCACAGUCGUGACUUUAACAUCCCCACCGCCAUUCUCUGCUUAUCUGUUGACAUGGUUGAAACCUCCUCUGCCUUCAGAGAGGAGGAUCUACUGACUGCACUGUAAAGCUUUUAAUUAGGGUUUGGAUGUCAGCCAAACACAAACUGCAUCUUGGGUUGAACUUUAUCCACUGUUGAUGUUUAUGUCUGAUCUGUAUUUAUGGUUAAUUCAGUCUUUAGAAGUAAUACAUUCCCCAGUUUGUGUUUUCUUGGCAGAGGUAGGUGAGCUGUCAUACUCACAAGGCCAAGUCAGCGAGUAGCCACGACUUUUUUUACUUUUUGGUUACACUUCUUUUGGUGCUAUUUUAAAAACAUAAAUAUCUGCGCCAUCCAGCACUGAAGGCACCCAUCUGAUCCUAGUAUCAAUCUAUCAAUGACCCGAAUAGUUAGAUUGUGACACUGGGUCAAUCAUGAGGCCAACUUAGUCAAUUUAGUUCUUUGCCAUCCACAAUAACCACCACAUACUACUAAUAGCAUGUUCGUACAUUUCGCUGGGUGGAGUUAGUGUUUUGAGGUGUAUGGUGGUAGCAUUAGCAAAAAACCUAAUCAGAAAACUUCAGAGAUGCGAGAAACUUCCCAGCCAGCAGAUGAUAGCGUCAGAAGAAGGUUGUGGGAUUGAUUGGUUUAGGCAAGCGACCUCCCCCACAGCCUUUGUCCUUCCAGAGACGAGGUGAGACAGGAUCACUUUGAGCCAUCAGAGCAAUUAGGGCGGAAUAGCACGGUGUGUGUGUGCCUGAGUGUGGGACUCCAAUAACACACAUGGAUGCCAACAUUACACUAGUGUGGGGUUGGUGUAAAAGUACAAAGUCAUGAUGGUGGUUACAGGCCUUCUCCUCAUGCAAAAAGAGUCCUGCGAAUGACAUCUUCUCUGCGCCUAUUUUUAGAGCCCUAACUAAGUCCAGGUAUUUAAACUGUUGCACCCUUCCCACUUUCAGAAACACUCACUUUAUCACCAACUUUGUAAUUCAAGCUUAUGUAUAAUUGAGAUGGUUUGUCGUUCUUCCACCAACUUCGCCAGUGCUGCAAGACAACAGCUAAUGCAGCUGCAAAGAGCUGUGCCCCAGAGACCAGAGAACGUUGUAGCAUCUGUCAGCAUUUUCCCCCAGAAGGACUGAAAUACUCAGAAAGGAGGUUAAAAAACUGGAAACAAUUCCUGUAUAUAUAUAUACCGUCUAUUACUGUCACAGUUGAUGUAAACCAGCCCCCACAUCCUGGCCGCUACACUGAGAGUUACAGAUCUAUUUUAAGCUUUGUUUCCUCCGUUUGUUUCCCUCAGCCCAAGUAGGGUAUAAUAUUAGAAAGUAAUUCGGCAUAAUUCAGAGUUUUCUUCUUUCCUUUAGAGGAAGUGUGUUUACUGAUGUGCAGCUAAGGAUUGCCUUUCUCAUGUUUGAAAAAGACACCACCCACAGAGGAGCGUCAACACGAGGGAAACAGACUGACGGAGAACAUCUAUGAAUAGUUUGAGGUUGGGGGCUCUGGGGAAAUCUCACAGCCUCAAUAACAACUUGUUUUCCUUCUGUAAUAUGUGGGUCUAGUCAGACGUCUUUUGUUGUAGUGCUGAUAAGGUUUCUGGAUAGUAUUUCUAGGAGCGUUUGUUUUCUUCCUCGACUCACUGCCUUUGCUUUUGAAUUCAGGUACCUCAAACUGAAGUUUUGGUCACAGCUGUCAACAUCCUGGUGAGCUGUAAACACUCAGUACAACACACAGGGAGCCCGACUUCUCUGCAGCCUGAUCUCAAAGCCGCAGGUCCAAGCCUCAGACUUGUAAGCCGUCACACAGUGAAUCAUUGGUAUUUGGGUGGGAAUCUAGGUGGCUGAGCUGCUGAUGACAGCCUCUCAGUUUGUUGUCAGGCUUCCCUUUGCUGCGAGAUAAGAUUUAUGACGAUGGAGAGGUGCUGGAGGAGGAGAAAUCCUCGUCGGCUCAGCUCAGUUUAUCUGGAUUUCUGCUCCCAGCCCGGCCUCUCUUUCGCUCUCGCUCUUAAACUCUCUCUGCCCGCUCAAUGCUAGUGGGUGACCUUGGCAAGGAUAGAGCUUAUUGUUUUAAUAGAUACUGUUGUUGUCUGCUGACCUUUGGUUCGAGUAGGAGGAUGAGGAGUGGGAGAAAGGUGAGAGAAUCACUAAUAGGACCUGGCAGGAUCGACAUCGUGACUUUCUAGGAUUUAGUUCAAAGCUGUCAAAGCUGAUAGCAAUGUAAGCCUGUGUCAUAUUCUCUAUGUUAGGAUUAUUAACAGUGUGUGUAAUGCUGCACUGUAGAUGAGUCUAUCUAACAGAAAUCAUUAUACAUUAUAAACAAAAUCACCCUCCAUAUAUGACAAACUAAAAAUAAAGUAGCACACUCUAAACUGUGAACACAGUGCUGUUGUGAAAAUGGUUAUUUAACCAUUGGGGCUUCUGGGGAGGCCUUUGGUUUUAGAGUCAGUCUGAAGUGGACGUUUGAGGAGCUGUAGGUAUUAUUCAUUAACUUUCUAUGUUGUGCAUUAGCUUCGUAUUUCAAAACCAGGAAUCGCUGUCUGGUUCGGCCUUAUACAAUAAAAACUUUGUGUUUGGUAGGUCAAUAGAAAAGCAGUUGGGUUGUACUUUUCCAACAUUUCCUUCCUUCUUUCUUUUCUAAACAUCACACCAAAGAAAAUUACAAAUCUUUCUAAGUUCACAUUAUUUUUCUUUUCAUUCGAUUGCCUUCAGUUUGGUUUUCUUCCUUGCCUUUGGGGAAUCUGUUUUUUAUUGUGGUUUUUAAGCGAAUUCAAACUCUUCCUCGGCACUUUGUGGAUUACCUUUUAAUUAUUUUUAUCGUCUGUAAGAUUCAAUACAUUUCUCACAAGUACAAAACUAUUGUUUUCAUAUAUAAGAUUGUUUCUCCCCCCAAAGUGAGCAGAUAAAGUUGAAAGCAACGCAUAUUGAUUGAACUUUAUAGAAAAAUAUCAUCAUCCAGCCUUUAUCAACACGGGAGAUUUGAGUCUCAUUAAGAUUAAAAAUCUUUGACUAAAAAAUCAUUAUCUGGUUCAGGACAUUUAAUAACUCUCCAGAUUUAAAGAAUCAAGUUUGUCUCUGUAAAAAGAGUCCAUCAGAUUCAGAUCUUGUAUCUCAUCUUGGCAUACAACAUGUUAACCAGCUGUAACAUGAUCAGAUUCUCAGGCUGCUCUGCUUCUACAUGGAGGGCUUUUAGUCCUCUUGAUACUCAACAACCAACCCCAGUGCACUUCGAACCCAACCCCCACCCUGUCAUCAAACAAACAAUAGCAGGCGGGGGCUCAAGGGAGCUGGCUGAGCAAGCGAGAGGAAAGGAAGGAAUUAGGUUGACAAGGUCAGGCUGAACCCAGACAAGAGAGAAGUGUACCAAACCACCUGCUGUGUGUAAGCCAGUCAACCAACCAGUUCGCCUGCCAGAUCUCUGAGCUAAGAAGUACAAAUGGUGUCAACUAUUCUUGGUAAGAAACUCGGGUUAUCUUUUUUUGAAGAGGUCUUAGCAGCAUAACAGUGAAGAUACUGAUUCCCUGCAGGGUGUGAGGUAACAGCUGAGAGGGAGAGAUUUAGCUUAAACAGCACAUACACUAAGAAAGUUAACUAACCUUUAUGUAAUUAGCUCUUUGUCUGCUCUGAUGAGUCAUUUUAUUUGUUUGAUGGGCUUUUGACAGCUCUUAGUUAUAACAGCAGUGAGAAACACAAAGGGCUUACAGAAUGUACCAUCAACUCAAUCACAGCUCUUUGUCUUCCUCUAUAGAAAAACAAUCAGGGAGUUUUGGAAACAUCUUAGCUAGCAGCUUUGCGAGUUUUAGCUGGGUCAGGUUGUUUUUCCAGCUUUUGUAAAGAUAGAAUUUCUAUGCAGUAAUUCACUAUCUACAGAGGAUGAGAUCUAAUGCUUUUGUUUGUCAUUCCCUGACUUUACUUUCUAGGCAAACAUCAUGUUCACAUUUGUGUUUUUGUGCAAAAUGUCUGAACUUUUGAAUCAUCUUCAAAGCUGAGGGACAAAGUUAACCGUGGUUUUCCUCUAGUGUGGGACACAAGGACAUAAUUAUGAAAAAUUAUUGAAAGAAAUCACAGUAAAGCCUCGAAUUAGGGUUGAUGCUAGGGGUGGGAGAAAAAAUCGAUUCACAUACAGUAAGUAUCGCGAUUAAGUAUGGUUCCUGGAAUAGUCAGUAGACAAUCAUAAUCAUUCAUCUGUUUCACUGGUGUUAAAAACGCACACUAAUAAAAUCACAGGAGUUCAAACUGGCUAAGCUGGUGCAAAAGUUAAAUUUCUAAUAUACUUGAGGUAAAUUCUGGAGGAUAAGAGUUUCCCUGGCAAAUUAGAUUUCAUAGAGAUUCCUGUAGGUAAGACUGGACUUCAGGUUGACUCGCCUUCAUACACAUGCAUGAGUAGAAAUGAUGCCUAAACCCAUUGGUAUUUAUGGCUGCAGACUCUUAGUGCUUCACCAAACAGGAUGUAAAGUUAAAUGAUUUGCUUCAUUCAGUGCGUUUACAUGCACUGCUUAAUUGGACCAAGUUCAUAAUUAGGUUUUUUUUCGUUGAAUCGGACUUCUCCUUGUCUGCGCAUGCAUGCAGCUGAGAAAAUCAAAUUAUUGAGGAGAGCGUGUCCUCCUCUCCAAAACUAGGGGGCGAUAUGGGUCUUUUCAGCGGCGCUGUUUCCUCAUACAAUGUCAACAACAACAGCAGGUCAUUUUAGAGCAAGAAGAUGAAGCAUCAGACAGCGUUGCUUUUGUCUUACAUGAUGUACACACUACUUUUUCUGCAGAUGAGGUGCACCCUACUCCUCUUCUCUGGUGCUUUUGUUCCAGGUUUAUGGGGGCAUGGUGCACACGCACAUGCAUUGUCCAAUCAUACUCCAACUACGCUGGUUACAUGGUAGAGAAAAUUGAACUCCAAUCGCAUUAUCUGGGUGUCUCAUUCGUCGUUCUCCAACUCCAAUCGGAGUUCUCAAACUUCGAUUAUAGCCGGACUAAGGUGUUUACAUGAACUCUUGAUCGGAGUUAGGCAAUAAUUUGAUUUUCUCAAGUGUCAUGUUAACGUACUGACUGUGUUGCUAACACCAGGAGCAGGCCUCAGUGUUACUGUAUUGAGAUGUAUCUGAUGUAUCAUAUUAACUGGUGAAAUCUUGUUACUUAGUGACUUUGCCACACGAGUCUUCAACUAACUAGAAGUUUUUUCAACAAACUCACAGUUUUAUCACUCCCUGGUCUAUAUCUGUGUUUGCGGUUUGACACAUGUAGUAGUAAAAAGAGGGAAUUUUCUCCCCUGUGUUACUCUGCCUUAGCAGGCAAAUUAGGCCACCGCUUUAUAAGUGAGCAAAUUGGUAAGCUCCACUUAUCUUGGCUCAGUCUUCUACCCCGCGGUCUCCGGUGCCUUCUGUCUUUUUAUAUCAUUUUUACUUCCUGUCAUGUUGCUGGAAGCUGCAGGAGCAGUCUCCUGACUAAUGUAUGUUGUCCUUUCAUCAGCGGGCGCAUAAGUCUCCACAGGUAAAGCCUCUGCCGCUCUCUGAAGACGUUUCUCUUUGAAAAGGCUCAGUCUGCUCUUUGCUGUCAGGAUUUAAAAAGCCUUUGUAAAGUAGCAGCUCUAAAUGUGAGUGUCACUCCAUGAAGAUGUUAGAUUUGAUUACCGCUUUAAAUUUACACACCAUGAGGAAAUUAAAUCUGAAAAGUAAUGAAAUUAACGGUGAACGUGAGAGCCGCACUCGCCCUCUUUGAACGGUAAAGAUGUGAUUCACGGCUGCGACUGCGAGCUGUUAGAUGAGACGUUUCUCCGCGCCGCAUGCAGAGCUUUUAAAGACGCCUUUUAAUGUUUAUGUCUUCGUCUUUCACUUUGCUGUUUCUGAUGUCGGAGGUUAUGUUGCAUCAUUAAAUAAGCUGUAGUGUGGAGUGUCAAAACGUGGGCUGUCACUAAUCAGAAUUUCAUGGAGAAGGUUGAGUUGUUUUUAAGGUUUAGGGUGAAAAGUGUGUUUUACAUUGAUUCAGAAUAAUCUCAAAAGCAACAUUCAGGAAGCAAGAAAAAGUUAUUUUACUUCAAUAUUCAACUCCAACAUCCGUGUCAGCGCGAACAGCAUGAAUCACCAAGCAGAUGGCUCAGUCCACCUUUUAACCUGCUCCCAAAUCUGAAAUAAAUGUUAUAUUUUUAACUCUGGUUCAAUCUGAACAGCCAUUUAAGAGUUCAAGCAGCUUUCACGUUCGUCUACAUCAACAUUUGUCCCACAUCAGCGCUGGCAUGGCCAGGCCGAGUUAAAAGUAGCCCUGGACAUCCUGAGUUUUGGAUGAAGCAUCUCUUUGUGAAUCCAGGUGACUUGAAGUGAUUAUCUCUUUAAAACGGCACUCGUCAGCGGGUGAUUAGUUUGGCUGCAAGAAAACAUUUAGUCCUCUUAGCUGGAAGCGAGAAAAAUGGGUCAGAGAAUCUCCAAAACUCAAACUCUGGUGGGGUGUUCCCAGUCUGAGGUGGUCAGAACAAGCUAGAAGGAAGGAAAACCCGGUGAUAAGGUCAUUGGCAGCCAAAGUGUGGGGAGGGAAGGUCCAGGCACAAGUUCACACUGGUUCUGGUAGAAAAACAUCUCAGUUUAGACUGGUGCUGUGUGACCCAUUCUGUUAAAGUCAAACUAGUCCAGUUUUGAAAUGGACUGACAGUCAAAGUGUUAACAUGAUGUUCAAGAAUUCAAGUUCUUAUCUCAGCGUUUUUAAAAUUCAUCAUAUUAGCUGCCUUGGGUGAUCAUUUCCUUCAAAAAAUCAUGAUAAUUAAAAAAUUCUCACAUUUUGAACAGUCAGUGUACACUAGAAUCAGUUAUUGCUUCAAAUCACUGAGAUGUUUGUCAUCUCUGUGCACACCGGCGUUCGAAGUCACAGGCCAAACUGCGUCUUUGUUUCCUGUGAGAUUCAGGCAUACUCGUCCGUUGCUGCUUCAAAGAGAUUGUAGGUCAUGGCUGAGAGACUUCAUCGCAGCUUAGUUUCCUUCCUGUAUUAUUUAUAUGUGCUUAUGUGUUCCUGAAAGCACAAUUAGCAGCUCAAAGUGAGCAGAGUUGCCUGGAAACUGAGUGCCUUUUCCCAGCCGGUGGUCUACAAUAGAUGUCAGGUGUUCUUGUUUGUGUUUUCUCUGCCUCACUUUCUGUGAUUACUGUGAGCUUCAAAGAGAAGCAGAGCGUGGCUUUAGUGAAGGAAUUAGGCCAGUGUGCAGUGUUUGAAAACAAGCUGAUGGGAUUUCAUGACUUUAAAGCCAAACCACUCACUUUACGUCGCGGAUUCGCUGCAUUAUGGCUAAUCUCUACAUUCCAGGUAGCCGUACCGGAGAGGUCUUACGCAUGUCAUUUCACUUGAGGCGUCUUCCUUAUCAUGAUACUUAAGUAAAUGUGAUGUGAAGAUGUUAAGACUUAAUGCAGCAAUGAUCUGGAGUUAUCUGUUGUCUUUCUAGAGCAGGUUUCAAGUUCCCACUUUGCUGGCCUGGCAGGCAGAUAAAGGUUUCCUCACUGGGUGUCAUCGGUGCUGAAAGAGGCACCAACCACAGCCAGUGAGAAGUGUAAUCUCCGCCGGCCUCCGACCUUUCUAACUCACCAAAGAUGUUCACAGGGUUUGCCCCCCGGUGUCAGAAAAAUUACAUAAUUGAGGCAGGAACGCUGAACUGAGCCAACUAAUAGCACUCGAGUAAGGAUUGCUUUUUACUUAAUGAUAAUGGGCCCCAUGUGUCAGAGAGAAUCACACUCUCUCUCCUUUAAAGACGGUCGCUUUUUUUCUUUAUAUGUUGAAAAGGCUUCAUGAGGCCGGAGGAUCCAUACACAUGGAUAAUAAAAACACAACAGGGGCCAAUUUAGAUCAAUAAAGACGUUACGCAGCGGCUCUGGAUUAGAUCUUUGAUUCAAAUGAGUUUAAUGGAUCUCAGACUCUUUUGUUCAGUUUCCAACACCCACUCUAUCUUCCAUAUCUUAAUUCACAUCAGCGAAGAAAAAGGUCGGAUUAGUUGCAUCAUUUUACCCCGGCUGUACUUGUGCAGCAUUGAUCGCCUCUGUAUAAACAGAACUUAAAGCUGUGAGGAUUUUCCCAACAGUAAAACAUGACUGUAAUAAUUUAGAUCAUGUUUUUGUAAAUGUUGUGUGUAAAUUUAAUGAUGGUUUAGAGUGUUUAAUAUCUGUUUUCUUUUUUUUUUAAUGACUUCAAAACAAGCAGAGUUAUGCCAACAGGCAGGCUGAGUUAACAACAUGCCUCACCGCCCUCAUAGUAGCUGCCAGGUGUGAGCUGAGUUUUACAUACAUCUGUUGUUAUUGUUGGGCACUUGUUGUUUUCUAUCUUAUCCAACCCUUAACAAAGCUAUCUUUUUAUCUCAGCUUUUCAACAGCUGUAAACGCUCUUUUUUUAGAUGAUGAGAUGAGGUGUUUUGAUCAGUUUCAGAUCAUCAAUCACGUCUGCAGUCAAUCCAGGUGACCCUUUUGACUGGACCCAUCUUCAAAUAAAGGUUACAUGCAGGUCUUGACUUCAGUCUAAAUACUGUUGGUGUUUAGUCUCUCAAAAAAGAAGCAAAUAAGCGUGCAAAGUCUGCAUCUGAGAAAGUGCUGGCAGAGUAACAGUGGUGUUUUUCUGUGCACAGGCAGUGAUGUGCAUUGAACGAGUUUUGCAGAGAUGAUUCUUUGUGUCUCUGGACAGCUGUGUUUCAUUAAAGGGUAAAUAAACCAUGACUGGAACAUGCUCUGUUUGUUCAGUGGAGAACAGGAGGGUUGUAAAAAAUCAAUAUAUUGAUUUUAGUUUGGAGAUGUGCAUUUUAAGAACUGAAGUUAAUUUCAUCCUGAUUUUGUGGAAACAGUUUGGAUAUGGACCAAACGUUGCAGUACCAGUGGAGAUCAUGCCGCUGUGUCCUGCAAUUUCCCAGCUAUUCAAGUCAAUCCAGCAAAAAUGAUAAUUAGUAUACUUUGGAAAAUGGAAGAGCUUUUUCUGAGAGGAUUGUGCAAGUUGGUUAGAAAUUGUAAACAUAUGUACAGUGUGACGUUGGCAUUUGAGCUGACAGAACGGUGCGGCACAAGUGUGCAUGUCCGAGUGUGGGUGUAUGCCUCGCUCCUGCUGCGUGCUUACAAGCUGUGCCUCUUGCCCUCGCCAUCAUAUUACACCAAUGUUACACCAUUUGGAGGUGCAAUGUGAGCACACAAGUAGUGUGAAGGUGGAACUUUACUCCAGUGCUUUUGCAGAGUUGCAGUAUGUACAAGGCUAGAGAGUCUUUGGGUUUCCGACUGCUGGCUGGAGGAUUAAAAGAUGACGAACCAUUUACUGCAACUCUUAGUUUCUGAGUCACACAGCACAAAGGUGCAUAAUAUUGAGAGACAGCAAAUAUCUUUACCGUGUAAAGUAUGACCAUAAGUCGACCAAUGAAAACCCUUGAAGGGAUAUUCCGGCGUAAAAUUAAGUUAGGGUCAAACACACCAUAACACAGAGACACCCUCUCAAGAGAUUAAUGUUGCCAACCACUUGCUUCUCUAGUUAUACCAACUUUAGUAACGGCCACACAAUAGUAAUACACAGUGGUCUGAGGAGCCAUAUACAAACCUCAACCAAAACGCCACUCUAUAGCCACAAAUAAUGCUCAGAACAGCACCUAACUUCAUCAACAGUACAUAUAGGGUCCCAGCCAUAGUACUAGCCACCAAACAUAUUUUUAACUUUACCUGAUUUCUUUAGCAAAGAGACUAAACACAACUCACCUACUCUCUUCCAGCAGCCGCUUGUUUGUAGCGAGACCUCAGGCCAGUCCAUUACGGACUGCUGCAGGGUGACUCAGCUCAAGGAAGAACAUUUAUGAUCAUUACUUUAUCAUUUCAUUGAAGUGAUAAUCACCAUAUUAAUCAUUUUGCACUGCAGACGCAGUAGUUCUUCUGCCUUAGCGUCUCAGUCUGAUUGUAUUUCCAUGAAGAUAUGAUCAUAAAUGUUCUUCCUUGAGCUGCAUAGCGGUGGCUAGUACUAUGGCUGGGACCCUACAUGUACUGUUAAAGAAGUUAGGUGCUGUUCUGAGCAUUAUUUGUGGCUAUAGAGUGGCAUUUUGGUUGAGGUUUUUGCUGGCUCCUUAGACCGCUGUGUAUUGCUAUCGUGCAGUCGUUACUAAAGUUGGUAUAACUAGAGAAGCAAGCAAUCGGCAAUAUUCACCUCUCAAGGAGGUGUCUAAUGCCGGAAUAUCCCUUUAAAGAAGGUUCGGAUGGUUUACUUCGGGUCUUUGAGUGACAACAGACUCUGGGCUGGUUUUGCUUUGUUUCCAUUGUUUUCCUCUUCUUCGUAGAUUAACGAGCUUGUUUUCAGAGAUAAUGGAAAACACAGUAAACAAACUCUUCUGGACCAGAUGAAAAACCAGAAAACCUUUCCUCAUGUCUCCACUUCAGCAGGCUGUUUAAAGAGGACGAUCCAUUCAAUCUUUUUAAAGUCAAGUCACAUGAACUGCUGACUCUAGUGUGUUUACACCCCCUCAGAUUCAGGGUGUACUUUGGUCAGUUAUAUUCAAGCCUCACACCAGCCACUUGAGAAAAGACAGGACAGGUGUCUCGGUGCGACACUGCAGUGUAAUCCCUUCGUAAUCCUCACCCAAGCCCAGCGCUCGGUUUCUUAAUCCUAACUCUAAUAAACAAGUUAAAGCUGAAGUUAAUGUGUCCAGUAAAAAGUAGAACAUACGUCUGCCUGCCGGGGAUGAGUUAUUGUCUGAUGACUGGAAAUCCAGGCAGAGUUUCUCCUCUGUCAGAAACAGCGAGGCGUGCUCGACACCAGUCCAAGAUCCAUGUGGAUUUUCGUCAGUCAGUUAAACAUUUUUCUUCCCCGUGUGGCUGUUUCUGAAGGAGCUGGCAUGGGGUUUCAGUUAAAGGAAGGCUUGCGUGACACUCGAGCAUUGUGGUUAAAGGGGGAGAUUUCAGAAUCUGUUUGUGAAGUCUUGCAAGGAGGGGGGUGGAGAAAUCAAGGAAUCUGGCAUGGGCUGAGCGUCGGGUAGAGCCUUGUGUGAUGUGACAAGCUGUGUAGUUUUUUAGAAACCCCGGAUGAGACUUCAGGCUUUUCCCUGUGUGGGUUUCCACUCUGCAGCCCCACAGUGAAAGUCCUUUUGUUCACUCAUCCAUUGAUGGAAGUUGGAGACAAAUCCCCACUGCUCAUGCACAUAGUACGCUGGUCCCAUUUGUGUUCUGACUUCAUUAUUUUGCCACAUCAUGCGGUGAAAAUCAGACCAGUUUUUUCUAUCCAUUCUUGAGUAUUGACGUGUAAUGGUUUCCCUGACCUGUAGCCCGAGUGGAAACAGGGUUUAAGAGGUAGGAAAUGAUCUCAGAGCACAUCCAGGCGAGGUUGAACUCAUCAGCAGUGUCUGAUUCAUAGAAACCAUUAAACUUGGAGAAGUAGAGUGGGGUUGCUCUGGGAAUCGCCAGCUGUCAGGGUUUUUCUAACAAAGAGGUCGAUUCAGAUCAAGCAGCAGUACUUAGGAAAUCCUUGAACUUCACUCAGCCUUGACUUUUCACCCUAAAACGUUAUGGCCUCCCAUCAAAUUAAACUUUAUAACUCUUCAUCUGGUUAUCAGAUGUUUGUUGUCUUACUGGCAACGAGGUCUCGUAUAGUUGUCAAGGGAACAUCAGGAAACGGAAGUUACCGGAGGAGAGACAGACAUAAUGUUUAUCAUUGAGAAAAGGACAAUAAACUGUAGAUAAAAGCAAAGUGGAAGUACAAAUAUCCAGAGUUGACACAUCUUGAAAAAUGCAAAAAUGAGCAUUUCUGCUUGUAAGUUAACAUCUUACAGGUGUUCCCACUUUGGAGCUUUACAGUGUGGAUGUUAAAGGCACUAUAAGGAGUUUUUCACUGGUUGAGAAACAGUCUGAACUUAAACUGAUGCCUCUUGAAGAUGUUAAAAAGCAAACAAGACCAUCAGCAACAAUAAUGAUCAUUUCUUUGUUGUGAGUUUUAAUGCCAGAACAAAAACAAACCAAAAGUUCAAGGAGGGACUUCUGGGUCACAAAUGGAGUAGACGUGCAGCGCAUAAGCUCCUGCAACAUUUCAAUGAAUCUUAAUAGUUAACACAAACAUUUCACUUGCCACACGGCAUUUGUCGUAUCUAUUUGCUAAAGUCACCUCUACUUCCACCUGGAGAUCAAAUUGCAUCAAAGUCGGCCAGAAAAGACAGAAAGAAAGACGACGAGUUAGCAACUGCUAGCAUGGCCACUCUGACCAAACUACUAAAAGAACACAGAGCAGCCCUCUCCACCGGGUUUAAAUUGGCCUUGACUUCCCUCAAAGCUAAGCUGGACAGUGUCCAAACAACCAUCUCCGAACAUGAACGAAGGCUGACUUCCCUGGAAGACAAUACUAACCAAGUCAGUGACCGUAUACAAGAGCUGGAAGUGAAAUACACUGCUCUGGAGGGCAGUUUCACUAAACCAAGAGUUCUUUACUGCACCUUUAAACAUGGUGCAUGAGACUGCCUGAAACAAAACAGUAAAAACAUUUGCACACACAACCGUUUCAUAUUCAGUCUUCAAACAGGCCAGUAGGAUGCAGUUUAAAGCGCAUAUGCACCCUUUUAUACUGGCUAAUAUCUCCAUUUCAGAUGCAACAGAUUUCACUGAGAUUGCACAGGGCUUGCAUCAGGGUCCUUGGUUUUAGGAGGAAAGAACCAUCCACCACCAGCGAGACAAAACAAAAGAAGCAAAUAUAUAAAUGUGAAUGUAGUUCUGUGCUCCUGCUGCUCAAUCCGUACAGUUUCUCCUGGGAAAAAUGGCUCAUUUCUGGAUUUCAUCUGUUAUCGUCGAAACCUAAACGUGUCACCGGUACCUUCAAAAUGUUGACACAAACAGUUUCAAGUUUGAGGGUUGGAGUCAAUUUAGAAGGGGCCCUGAAUGAACCUGUUUGCACCUCUCACCAUGUGCUGUCACUCUGAUGGAGGGUUGUGCGGUUGUGUGGUCUCGUCUGCGGCUCUCCGUGUCUCCAUAAGGCCCGGGAACAGUGUGUGGUGACAGCUCGGGUGAUUACCUGUCCUGUCUCAUUCACUCAGCCGGCCUGCAGCUUGGUCACGUCAUGCAUCAGUGACUGACACACUGUGAUUAGGACGUCGUUAGGCCCGACUCUCAGCCGCUCUCUGCACACAUUAAUUUGCUCUUCCUCUGAGCACGGGCAGAAAUGGACCAUCCGUGCUCAUUUUUGUAAACCAAGAAAUAUGAAUCUUCUGUGAUGACAAGUCUUGAGCUAAUAUUAACUUUCAUCAGAGAAUGAUGUUUGGUUUUCAAAGCACUCAGUUCAUCAGAUCAGAUUCACAUUUCUCAUUCAGUGCUCUGUUAUGUCUCACACAGAAAAAUUCAUGGCCGUAUUGCUUUCAAAUAAUUUGUUUUAUGAGUUCUGAUCAAUGGCAUCAUUUUCCAUUUAUCUCAGAUAAUAACUUUUAUUAAAAAUCCAUUGAAAGUAUUGUUCCCUCUGCCUUUGUGUGUAAUCAGAACAGAGAUGGAAUCGCCUGUUCUGGAGGUUCAUCUUCAGAGACACAGAAACUGAUUAAAAGUAUGAAAGCUCAUCAUCUGUAUUUCAUUUAAUUGGUUAUGAGACUUCAGCUACAAAAAAAGGGUAAAUAGUACUGCAAAGCAUUAUUCCUUAAGAGUCAAGUAUGUGACCCCAAAGACAAGGACAGCAGUUCAGUUAAACCGCCUAAUCAAGCCAGAACUGGAGCUGGACCUGACUGUGCAUGUAAACGUACCGACUCUAAUCCUCUCGCACACGAACACAGUGGACUUGCACCCAGCUGAUACCAAUAAAAAUGAGCAUAUCUGAAAAACUAAAACCGUUGGCUCUACCACUGCAGAUUUGCCAGGCUCUACUAAUCCUGCAGAUCCACCAAAUGUUCGAAUAAAGCCAACGUUUCUGUCCGUGUCAGGUUAGAUAGAAGCUGAAGUGAAAAACAAGGGUGAUUAUUCGAAUUUAGCACGUCAGGCUCCGUUUUGAGUGUUAGGUUGGUAAACAUUUUUACAGGGUGUACAGGCAUAUAAUCCAAAGUGUCAAUUGUUAUUGUAUUCGGGUGCUAAUUGGAUCCAGCAUUGGCAGCAUAUUCCCGAGCACCAAGCGCUUUAUUCCCAAUUAAUGACUGUGUGCUGUUGGCUGCAGCGCGGCAUUCCUCCCGCAGCUCAGCGCUAAUGAUUUGGAGCGCUUUAAUGUCGACUGCCUUGAAUGACGAGCACUAAGCCUGGUGUCACUGUGGCCCUUAAAUCACCAUCACUCUUCUUCUCUCAUUCCCUUUUUUUCCACUUUCGCAGUUUCCUUCCUUCCACCGCUUCUUCCUCUCCUCAGUUGCUCUCUCCUCGUCGCCCUCCCCUUCCUGCUCUUUUCAUUUUCCAUGUCGGCCGACUGUCUCUCCAUUGCUGUCACAGUGUAUCAGAACAGGUGGAAUCAAUUACUGACCCUCAGCAGCCCGCUCCCAUACCACAACCAGCUCUUUAAUUGAGGGAAUUAAUGAGCGAUCAGCCUGUGAGAUGAUUUGGUGUCACGGAUCUUGCUCUGGAGGGAAGCUGGGGGAGGGAUGUUUGACCAACCCUGCAUAACUAAUUCUGUCCUUCCACAAAGGCAGUUCACACGUCCCUCCCUGCAGUUUCUUCCUGCUAAUCACCUCUAAGGUUGAGGAAAGGCACGGUUUAUUACAGCAUUAAGUGCUGCAUCACUACUUUACUGAUUAGGAUAGUUAUUGAAGGAACUGAUACACCAGGCUGAUUUCUCUUUGGUCAGCACUUUGUUUACAACCUUUACCGGGGUGAUCCCGAGGCCGUAUCCUCACAUCUGCUCUCUGUGUGUUCCUACGAUGUUCCUGGUGUGUCUCAUGUGUUUCUCUCUUCUCCCUCCACAGAUGGAGUCUCCUGUCUCCACGCCAGCCCCUCCUCCUCUCCACCUCCUGGCCACAGUAGGCAACAGUGAGAUUUCCUCGCCGUGUGAGCAGAUAAUGGUGCGCACACGCUCAGUGGCGGUGAACACGUCUGAUGUAGCCCUGGCGACUGAGCCUGAGUGUUUGGGACCCUGCGAGCCCGGCACCAGUGUCAACCUGGAGGGCAUCGUAUGGCAGGAAACUGAAGACGGUAAGAGCGGCGGUUUGUUGACUGUGUUUUGGAUAUCAUGAUUGUAUCACAUAACCAGGCUUACAUCCCCGAUAAGAGCUUUGUAGUAAACCCUACAUCCAGAGUUAACUUAAUCCAGUGGUUUAGAGUUUGAGUCUUUAGAUUGAAAAGGCCUUCCCUCCUUUUGAUUAGGCCAGUGAAAACCAUGAUGAUAAAUAUUCACCAGUGACUCUUUGGUUCUGCAAACAAGACGAUGACAAAACGUCCUGUGCGCUCUGCUCUGGUUUACGGGUACUUGAUGCUAAAAUACACAGGAUCUGUAUUUAGUGCAUAUCAGCAGCAUUGUGUAUCACGCAGCAAAUAAGUUGCCAUUCUAAUCAAUGCAGCAUUGCAUACAGGAUGCGUAUCAGCCCCGUAGAGCAGCAGCAUCAUAUCGAGAGUAGCACUGCUAAAGAUACAUGGCGAGUCUAUUUUUGAUGCUCUACACUUCCUAUGCGCGUCAAUCCACACAGAGAAGAUUGUUGUAGACAGGAUGUCAAACAUGAAAACCGUGCAUGUCAUCCAGUAUUUUCAAAAUAAGACACCAUAUGCGAAUUCCCAACUGUGUAUCAGUUCGUGUAGAUGAGAAAUACUCCCUGGUUAUGGAUUUAUUUAUUUAUCAGUAACACAGAACGAUCUGAUGGUCAAUCCCUGAUCCAUGUGGACCCCAACAGGACUGUAAACUGCUAACUCUGUCUGAAGGUAACAGCAUAAAGGAACAUAGUUUACUUUACUAAACAUGAGUAUAAUUGCAAAAACCAAAACUGUAAAAUCAUGUUUCUUUUCCACAUAUAGUAGAGGUUCAACGGUCACUAAAUUAUAUUUAAAUUAGCAGGAAAUAGACCACAGAACCAUGGCUGCAAUACACUGCUGCUACGCUCCAAAUACAUAUCCUGUAUGCGAUAGACAGCGCUGCUCUAUGGAGCAAAUACGGAACGCGCUCAAUAUGGAUCCUGUAUGUUUUCGGCUUUAGUAAAUGUUUCAACUUCUGUCAUUAGCCCCGUGUGGGAGGAGAAACCAUCACUUCAGUAAAAAACUGAAUGGAAACCAUUUUAUCUCCAAAUUCUGAGCAGCAAAUAAAUAACAAUUCUUGUCUGAAUUUCUCCGCCUGCUCUAUUCAGAGUUUGGCAUAUGAGACUCUACAAACAUAUUGGGCAGUUUAUUUUGUGCUUUUAUUAACAUAUAACAUCCAAGAGGUGCUUGUUUGUGGAGUCUCCCUGCUAUUUAAAAACUGACCUUUUCGCCGUCAUUACCAUACAUGUUGUGGUCGCUAAAAUGUAAUUAGAUUUGCCCCGACUGCCUCAGGAGCUUGUGUUUGGUACUAAUUCUUACUUUAUCAGUCCACAUGCAGCAUAAUACUGCCAACUAGAAUAGUAGUUGGCAGGCAGUUCUUAGGUGGCCUUGAUUUAGUUUUUUGCUUGCUCGAGUGCAGACGGGGAGUUUGUUGCACAGAGAUAUCUGCUCCAAAACAACAUGCCUCAUAACACAAAGCACUUUUUCGCAAGCAUGCCAGUCGGGAAUAGAGUUGGCUUCUCUCCUGCUCUGCAGUCCGAGUGAAAUCUUAGACGUCCACAGUUUUCGUGUCUUUGAUGGAAACCGCAUUCAGCUCAUUUAAUUUUAAGAUGUAUCACUGGCACUGUCGGGCUGUGCUCGGUCUGAAAAACUGCCCUCUUUUUUUUUUCUGUCCUGCAUGUGAAAUACUGCAAACACCUAAUCUUCAAAGCAGCUCGCGCUCACUUUCUCUGCGGGCAUGCUGAGUACAAAUCGCCCACACAGCCACAGUGCUGCUUGUUGGUUUCACUCAGAGGAACGGAGCAGAAAAAGGUCCCUGCCUCAUCAACAUUCCCAAAGCAACGUCCCCGCUAUUGAGUGCUGCCCUCCUCCCCUCCUCCUUUUUUUGAUUUUUGCACCAGCCUUGGGCUUCGUCUGAUUCACCCCUGUCCUCCUCUCUAUCGCGACUCUUUUCUGUUUCCAAGCAUCCAGCCGGUCGCCCCUUGACUCUGUUUCCAAGCAAACUGGGAGAGAGCGAGUGCGAGGCAGGGGGGCUUUUGGGCCAGGAGGAGGUGGGUGGGGGGGGUGAAGACAAGGCUACUUCUGUUAGUGACACAAACAUGGCUCGGAGCCAACACCAGUACUAUGUUUGUGCUCCCUCAUUCUCUGCCUCCCACAGAGCGAUUGACCCUCCCCCUCGCCUUGCCCCCUUUCCUUUCCCCCGAUCCAAGUCUGUCCUUUGCCUGCACUCUCUCUCCUCCUCAAAGCUGCUAUUUUGGCUGAAAAGGUGGUGGUUUGGCCUGAUGGAGCCGUGUUUUCUCCUGAUUCUACUCUAUCUGGCGCAGUAGGGAGGGUGCAGGAAGAUUUUGAGUGGUUGUGAAAUGGGUAUGCGGAGGAAGUGGAGGGGGGGGCAUGCAGGUGUAGCACACAGGUUGUUAUGGCCAUCAGUGCUGCGAGGACAGAAAACAUCCCCCUCUGCUCUCUUUGAAGCCUGUUUUUCUUAUCUCAGACAAAACCUCUAUCAGGCAGACAGUCGGGGCAGAAAAAUGUGACGACGGAUGAAGAGAUGAAUUCGAUAACUGCAACUAUGAGGUGGCCUUGAGUCGUCCAACGCCACAGCUUUUUCAUCACCGACAAAAUCAGCUUUUGUUUGCGGAGGGCUGAGAUGUGUGCUGUUCCUGAGCCUCUGCCAGAUAUCUCCGUGAUUGUCGGUUUAAAGCUGAGAUUGAAUCCCAAGGAAGCCUCUCUCAAUAGCCUCCAUUGUAUUACGCUUCGCUCGCAACAUUAAGCAACACAAAGAUGCGUAUUCCUCCUUCAUCAUUUUAAUGGAAUGAGCCCAUAACAACCCACCGGCUAGUUUUAAAAUGAGAGAGACCCAGAUGCUGCUUCACUUCAAACUGCAUGGCCAUUCUGCUGUUUUUCCCUGAGAGACCCAUGAAAGCCGUCUCCUCUCAUUGUGGGGGCAACCGAGCAAAUGAGAACCAAAUGAGGAAAUCAAGCAAAACCAGGCAGAGCACCAGAGAAGAGCAACAAACAGAGGCCCCCAAGACAUUGCAGAGGCAUCCUGAUUAGCAGUGAAGUUGAGCAGUCCCCCCCCACUCCUCCACCCCCCACACUUCUCUGCAUGACAAGUCUCAUACAGAGCUGUUUAGGCAUGCACCGUGUGUGCGCUCCUUUCAUUUAGCAUGCCAACCAACAGCUGCUUCAUCACCUCCGCCUUUCGGCCUUGUGGGAGUAAAUGAACAACAGGCUCUCAGUAAUUGUCUCAGCCUCAGACGACUCACCAAGCGCCACGGAAAGAAACAGAUGAGGAGGAAGCAGACGACAACAAACAAAAGCGCGAUCACAGGAGCUGCACCUUUGGUCAGCGCCGGCAACAAUCUCCUCUGAUGAGGACGUAUGCGUUUUUCAUCCUUUUGUAAUUUAAGUCUGGUACAGCAGACCGUUCAGCCGAAUCAGGAAAGUGGUAAAAACUUGAUCCUUCAUGACCUGAAAUUGUUUUGCAUUCGCCUUUAAAAAAGCAAUCUAUAUUCAAAAUAAUAAAAACAAAAAAGAGCCGUCGCACUGUUUGCAGCAGUCAGUUUGUUGAUAAAGUUAUGUUACUACACGGCACAGUCCUAUAAACACCCAUCAUAAAUUGGUGCCUCUCAAUAUUUUUGUGCUUCAAAUUGAUGGUUUAAGAGCUAAUAGACUGUACUUCGAUAGUACUUCUUCUUGUCUCUUCAACCACUCAGAGCACUUUGAUGCUCUCUACCCACUCAAGUCACGACGGGCUGUGCAGAGGUUUGUUUUGCCUGAGAAGAGAUUUAAAUUUGGACCUGUCAGGUUAAUGUAGCUUAUGCUGAGUGCAAUGAGAUAUUUAUCUAUAAAUGAGACAAAUUCCCUCGGUGAGAUUUAAGUUUUUGUAUUUGAAGAGUACACAUCAUCUAAUUUGGCUGUCAUCAGUUGAUAGAAAGCUUGUAUGCCCAUUGAUGGGAAACAUUGACGUCGGUUCAAGACCCACCUGCCAGUGAAAAUGAAUAUGAGCUAGCUGUACCAGCAGACUGUAUCGCAGAGUUCUGACACGGUUUUUGAAGCUGCGACUUGAAUGAAUUUGUGGAUCGCUUUGAGUACAAAAUAGCCCAUUCAACAUAAAACCUGCAGUUUUAUGAACUUGGCCCAUUGUUGGAGAAAUGUCCAGGGAAAAGUUCACUUGUGUCACUCAGUCAGUCUGGGGGCGACUGGAACGAAGGCAGCAGGAAGGGUGUGGGGGGGGCAGAGCGUCGGUAUUUUAAGGCCCAGCACUGACACAAAUCCCCUCAGCGUAGUCGAGGCAGUGGCAGCUCUCAGGGUCGUGUCGGCAGAGCAACGGGCCAACUCCUCCCAGGCUUAGCAUGCUGAUACCUCCAAAUGUCAUCUCUAAAAUGCUGGAGAAGUUUAUUGCUCUUGAAACGCAGCCCAGAACGCCUUGGCUCCUGCUCCGGGGUAGAGAGGGAACACAGAGGGGGCCCCUUUGGCCAAACACUGCAGCUCCAUGCCAGUGCACGCACACACCCCUCCCCCUGCAGCCCGACACUCACUCACACACACACACACACACACACACAACACAUCGGCCCUCCAGUCCACAGCGGGCUAUUCCCCAGGCAAGACCUCAGCUUCUUAAGCUCCCUAAUAGAUAAAUAAUACAGGCUGUUUGUGAUAAAAUGUUUGUCUCAUGGAUUAUUUAUGCAGCACACAUUACAUCAUCGUAGCAGCGCGAUCAUCGACUCAACAACAGCAGCGAAAAUCUGCUUGAAGAAAAGUCAGUGUGAAACAGAUAUUCCUGUGUAAACAUCUGAGGCCAGACGUCUUCCUUUUUUUUUGCUCUCUUUCUCAAACCCUGUCAGCCAGUUGUGAAGGGGAAUAUUGUAUGAAAGGAGCACUCGGCUCUGUAGCUCACUCGCCAGCUACGCUUCCUUGCUCUUUUGAAGACCACCUGUCAGUGGCCUCGUUGAAAUGUUUUUACAAAGGCGAGCGGUGGCUGCUCUCUGUGAACUCGCUAUAGAAACUGUCCUUGAAAUAAGAGAGAGCGUUCUCGGGAGGCCUGUAGUCCUCUGCCAGGCCAAUGAGCAGGAAGAAGAUGGAGUGAGAAAUCAAUCACAGAAGACCAACCUCUGUUAACAGCAGAGGACGGAUAUACUGAAAAAGGAAGAGAACAAAAGCAGUGAUGAGCGUCUUUGUGCGUUUUCAUUAGAAAGCUGCUUUGACAUGUUUACUGUUUAAUAAGCUGAUCCUACCAAAGAUUUCUCCACUCAAUGAACAUUUGCAUAUUAAUGACAUCAAUAUUGAAAUUUGAGUAUUUAUAUUUUGGAUAUUGGACAGUGGUUUGAGCCCAGGUCUGAAAAAUGAUGUAACAUUGUCAACACUUGGCUGUGCUACAGGGAAAUAAACAUGGUAAUGAGCCUUUAAAAUGUACAAUCCCACGCACCAAGCAAGCCCCCUGUUAACAACAAUGCUGAGAGCAAACACAGUAAUGACUCUAAAUGUGGGAUGAGGGGGGCCUUUGGCCUCUUCGCUAACAGCUACAGUGUGCCUGCCAUCAGUCAAGUCAGCCAUACCCCUGAUAAUGCAAAACUCGCAACCUUGGUAUCCUCGAGGCUAAUGAGCGAUAAAGAAAAUCACCCUCUGUGCAGUGUGUGCAAGAAAAUUAACCAUCCAAACCAAAGUUGUUUUUGCAACAGGCUGUAAACAUGUUGAUUUCUGCUUUUUUAAAAGGGUGUGUACAGUAUGUGGUUUCUGGUGCUCUUGCUGCCAGCUCCAAGAGGACACUCAAGGAACUGCACUUUUUAGCACUUGGACAAGGGCAUCUUUCCCAAGAUUGAAGGUUGCUGCUUGCUCAUAACUAAGAAAAAUAUGCAACAGUACACAAAAUAAGAGUAAGAGAAUAAGAUUAAAAUAUUCACUUUACCUAAUCUCUCACUUAUCUGGUCACUGUUUGCAGAAGUAACAAAAUAAGGCAUGGAAAGGAUGCACAGCCAUGAGAAACUGCCAAACUCUGUUAAAUGCAGAUUGGGCUUACACAAUAUGGCUAAAUAUGCAACAUGAGCGAUGUCAUUGUCCAAAAACAAUAAAAAGCAUGAUGAAUGUACAAAAAUGUGAAAGUGCAUUUUAGCACACUAAGAACUUAAGAGGCACAAUGAAAAUUGAUCAAAUAAUUUUUGUCUUAUUGGUCAACAUAAGUACUAUUAUUUGAAAUCAAUUUUAGGUCAAUUGGUCACAUGACAUAGAAGCUAUUAAAGGAAAACAGCCUUUUUUAAGAACAUCAACCAGUAAUUUAUUGAUGGUCCCUUAUUCAACACCAUUGACAUUGAGGGUGCCGAGUAGUAACUUUAUCACAGUAUCUACAUUUGUUGCCUCAGCUGAUUUUUUUUAUGUGCCCCGAAAUACAUUUUAAAAUUCACACACAUCUAUUUUUUGUCGCAACUGCAAGUGAAAUGGUUGCACUGUCGAGCCCUGUGUAACUCUGAUUUAAUGUGUCUUUGUAUAAUACCAGUGUUUGCAAUAAGUUUCCUCUGGAUCCAAAAUAUUCCCUUUACAUUUAUCCCCCUUUUAAUUGGCAACAGUUAACCUGUAGGUGGUUUUUAGCUAGCUCAUGCUUCAUAUGACUGCUUAAAAACGGUGUGAAUAUGUUGCUAACAUACGCAACAAGAGUGCUUAGCUUCAAAUAGAAGAAAAAGAGUUGUACAGUAUGUGUUGUGGAUAUCUGGCAGUCUGCAGUAACUUAGUUUGCAGCUUCUUGAUGGACAGGAGGUUGGAUUUUCAGGGGCAGCUCCACCUCCUAACCUAGAAGCCAAUCUGAGCUCUCAUCAGUGUUUACUAUGCAAGAGUGGAAGUGAGCAAUUUCCAGGCACAAAAAUGAACACUCCCAUGUAAGGAAUUUGGCUAAAUCCUUAAUAUGUGGUUAAAAUGAUACUCUGCAAUAAACUCAGGAUAUAGAUAACUCCUCAUUCUUUGAGGGAGGAUGCCUGUCUUGUUAGUUACAAAUUAAGGCCAAGGGUGGUGUGACCAAAAUGGCGCCUGACUUAACCCAAGUCUCUGAAGGGAGGCUCAGCUCUUAUUCAUAUUGGCAGUCGACUGCAGUUUUUUCAAGCACUUAAAUGGUCAUGAAACGUAAAUCUCCUGCCCAGAGGAAUUGUAGGCUUUGCCAGUGGUUGUCAUAAGAUAUCAUGUUUGCUAUACACACGUCAACGAGCGCUUGAGUAAUGUGCCUUUGGCAGACCUGUGUCUUAAUCUCAGCUCAAUCUCCUCUCAGGGAAAAACACCAGAGGGCCUGUUUUUACAAAGAGAUUGUAGAUUUACCCUGAUGACAUUUAAGUACACCGUUUCUAUCCUGAAUACAAAUUAUUUCCAGUAAAAGAUGCAUGCAGAGUCAGUAGAGACGUCAGAUAUUUCUGUUCUGGUUGUUACAUCUGUUCCUCGUGUUUUUUGAUUCUAUCACUCUGAGAGUAAACAUGUACAGAGAUUUUUUUAUUUUUUAUUUUGUGGAGGCAGAAACUGCUGCAUGCGGCUGAUAAUGUUGUGACUGUGUGGAGAGCAUACUAAUGCUGCCUUCCUCUGCCUCUCGGUGCUAUGAGAGAAUUGACCUUCUCACAGGCUGUUAUUCUUGUCAGAGAGAGUGACUUUGCACUUUUACCUCCUCUGAACCGGAAUGCAGCCUGAACUUUCCAGAUAGAGCUCCUUCAAAGGCUCUGAAAUAUGAAAUAAAACCAUCUGCCACGACCAAUGGUGGAGCUGCAUUUCAUAAACAAGCCUUGGAUUUCUUUUCUUUAUUUGUGUGUUGUAUUGAUUAGCACUUAUUUUUAUUUUUGUGAACCAAGUUUGCUUCGAAAGGGCUGUACAGAUUAGUUGGCCUGCAGCAAAGGUUUAUUUAGUCUCUGUAAGAAAACAGAAAAGCAGCUUUAGCAAUGCCUCAAUAUUAGUGAUGCACGAUAUGAAAAAUUUCAACCGAUACCGAUAACCGAUAAUUUUCUUCUUCUCAUGGCCGAUACCGAUACCGAUAACCGAUAAAUUCAUAUUUUUACAUUUAUUAUAAUCUUCAUAUAGUCUGCAGUUUGUGCAGGAUGCAGCGAUUGAAAACUGAUGUUUUUGUUGCUCUGGCCUAUCUAGAACAACAAACAAAAGUUUUUGGCUCUUCAAAUAUGGUCAUUUGCUAUAAAUGACAAUAACAGAGCAAAAAGCAGAACUUCAUUUGAUCCCCUGAACUGUUCAACAGAACUGUAAACUGUAAAGGAGCCAUUAUGAGCCGUUGGGCUUAGCAUGCUGACCGGACUAACAUCUGACGUCCAUAUGUCUGUGGUAAAACUCACGUGUAGUCCGUUCUUGUCGAUCAGGUUGUGAAUGUAUGUGGCGACAAUAUCAUAGAGUGCAGGAAGAGACACAUCCGAGAAGAAGCGGCGGCUUGGGAGAGUGUAACGUGGCUCCAAGUGUGCUAUUAACUUACGAAAACCCGGGUUCUCAACGACAGAAAAAGGCUGGUCGUCGACCGCUAUGAACUCCAUCACUUUGUCGUUAAUGGCUUUAGCCUUUUCGCUGUCUCUUGAGAAGCUUUUGCAGUUUUUCAACACCUGCUGAAUGGGGACAUCGAUCCUCCGUAGUGUUGUUGUCUUAGCUUUAGUACCGCUAGCAGCUUCGGCGGCUGUCUCAUAUUCUUUUAAUACCGCUUCGCCGCGAUGGCGACUUUUCAGAUGAGCUAUCAGAUUCGUUGUGUUAAAACUUGACGUCUUCUUUCCUCCUCUUGGAAUCCUCGCUGAACAGGUUUUGCAUAUAGCAAUGCUGUUGUCAUCUUCUGCCACUGAGAGAAAAGACCAUGCUGGUGAAGACAUUUUAUUAUCUGUCAGGCAGUGACGGGGUCAGGCUUGGGACCUGCGAGUAAGGCGCGAUAGAUGACUUAACCAGCGCGUCUCGGACGGGCGGCUACUCCGCCUGCAAACGUUACUCGUAAUUUCAUUAAUAUAUCGGAUCUUUCUAUCGGAAAAAUGCACCUAUCGGACCGAUAAAAAAUGACGUAAUUUCCCCCCAAAUCGGCCGAUAUUUUAUCGGUCCGAUAAAUAUCGUGCAUCCCUACUCAAUAUCUGUGUGUGUAGGCACAGAUACUAAGCAGGCUGCUGAACCUGUAUAGGUGAAACAUCAAAUGUAUGAUCGGUCCAUAAAUCAUGACAUUAAGUAUUUGUAACCCAAUACAACACCAAUUUAAAAAGACCUCCAAGUUCCAGUGCUGUAAGUGCCUCUCUCAAUUUGUCCUAAAUGCUUGUCUGCUCUGGAUUCAAAGAUAAGGUCGAUCUCAGGACUUUGUAUUCUGAUGCUGACAAACCCGGACAAGCUCGGCUUCAUUUCAUGCACCACGAGUGGAGAAACACCCUUAAAAUGGACUGCUGGAAACAUGCUCAGACACUUGAAUGCUCAAACGCUUCAUUUAUCAACGUUACAGUUAUUGCUCCUGGCAGCACCCGGCUAUCUUUUAUCUUCUCCGCGUAAUGAAUACUGACACUAUUUUUCUCAUUGUUCUCACUUUCUCGUCUACAUGCAACCUUGAUGAGAGGUGCUCUCAGCGCAGGGAAAAUGGAUGAGGAAAGGACUUGCUGAGUUAGAGUAGGGUUGUUGAAUCUGUCAAUAAUUACUGGAGUUUCUGAGCUUGUGCGCGGGGAGUUGCAGCGAUGGUUCACACCGUGUUUUCCUUAAAUCUGGAAAUUCUUUUGACAUAUUUGAAACAAAUGAGAGGGGUUUAAUUUGAUAUUUGUGAGAACAGUUAACUAAUGUCACACCCGAUCAUUCCACACAAGUGAUCUCCUAUUUUCAAACAUAACAAAAGCGUUUUGACAAGGUCAGUCAGUGAAAAUGCCAUUAACCCCGCUGAAUUCCUCUUGAGUUGAAGCGGAGCAGAGGUCAACCGGUGAACCCGUGACCCCCACCAGCAGCAGGACUACCAGAGGACCUGAUAUAUUUUGGUCCUGCAGCAACCUAAUGAAAUGUGUUAAGGAGGGGGGAGGAGGAGGAGAGGAGUUUUAGGGGCCAGAGGGGGCACUCACCCAUGCAGCAGACAACCUCCUCCUGACUUAAUUUGUCCCCUCGCAUUACCCUCUUGUUCAAGUAAUCCUAUACAAGUACGCGGCGGAGUUGGCAGCGCAAGGAGGCCUGCCAUUUGUUGUUUGGGCAGCAUUGAAAAGGAAAUGAGUGGUAAAAUUACAGGCCAAUUCCUCUCAGUAAUGUGGGCUUCACUCAGCUGUCAUGAGUGACCCUAAUAAGGCUGACACAAAGGGGAAGGACAGGGGGGAAGGGAGCCGAAUCAGUCUGCUUUCUCCCCAAGAAACAAAUCUAGAGAGUGAAGAAGGAGAUCAUGCAAACACUGAUAUGUAACUCCCCGUGCGCAAACAAAUGACCGUGCAUGGAAAGACGGCCCUGUUUGUUUUCUCCUACCAGGGCGUUUGUUUGGGUUGUUUUGUCAAGGCCUUUCCAUGUUUGGACAGCCUUGGUGUUGAGACCUUUGUCCCAGCAGCUUUGAAAUGUUUUCUGUGAUGAAAGUGUUCGGAUUAUGGCCGAACAAAUAAUCUGGAUUUCACCGUCUUUGCAGAAGGCUGAGGUUACUGGAGUAAUAAGAAAGAUGGUAACUGUGACUCAUCGAUAUACGUUGGAACAUAUUUAGUUCAAAACUAAAGUUGGAAGUAGCUUGGUGAAGUGUAGAGACUUUUAGGACAUCUACAGGAUAGUAUCCAUGGUAACGCUUGUGUUGAGCUUGAACUCAACCUGUCUGGUAAAUCAUGUUAGGGUAGUUCAGAGGUAGAGUGCGUUGUCUCUCGAUUGGGAGGUUAAGGGUUCGAUCCCGUGUAUCGAGGUCUGCGUUUCCCAAAGUGUCCUUAUGCAGGAAAGCCCUGGAGGCUGUAUCAGAGGUGUAGUCAUGGUAACCUCUGCCAUGAGUGUAUGAAUGUGGUGAGCAUGGAUGAAUGUGGCGUGUAAACACAGUUCAUUUACUGUUUAGCAUGCUGACCCAGUUCAGCAUUAGGAUUUGAUCGUAAUCGGCGGGCCCCUGAGCGUACUUGAUAAUGCCAAGAUAUUCAUGAGAUCCUGUCGGAGCCUAAAUGUGCGUCUAAACUGUUGUUUCUGUAGAGACAUAAUUUGGUAAAUAUUUAGUGUGUAGGUUUAGCUUGUGCUCAAGGCUCCAGGUGAUUGACUCAGGUGUAAAUAAGAGAGUGAAGUUUUCAGACUGUUUGCAUUAGAGUUUAUAUAGUGUACUCUGUGUAUACUAAGAACUGGACUCAACACAUUUGAAGAUAUUCUCAAAGACCCGCUCCAAUGAAAAUCAUGUUUUUCUUGUUUUUUAUAUGUUCAUAGGGCUUUUUUCUGAUGCUACAGGACAUAUCAUGAGAAACUAAAUGCGAAAUUGCUUUUCUGAGUAUUUCUUCAUUCAAAUCGUUGUGAAUCUCUGGCAGACCCAAACAGCACGUUCAGAAACUGUGAGAGUUCAUAUGUAACCAAUCCAAGCUGCGCCCCCAGAGCCCCGCUAUGCAGGCUACACUCUGCUUAUAGAGGGGAAAUACAGAGGAUGAUCACGGAACAAGCAUGUGCAUUAGCGGAUUGCAAUGCUUGUAAAAAAUCUAAUUAUGAUAUGAACUUUCAUCGUGUCCCUAAAGACAUAAGUGUGCAAGAGCCAAAUAGCUCCAAUGUUACCUGCCACUUCUGCUGCACAAGCAAUGUUAGGCUGCAAGCUAGCAUGAAGAGGAGUGUGGAGAGCAGCGCUGUCUCCACCCACGACUCAGAGGCGAAUUGCAAAUGAUCUACUGGAGCUCUGCAGAAGAAAAACCCUUGUAAAUAACACAGGCAACGCGAUUUUUGGUAAAAAAAAACAUUGCAUUGUCAAAUAUCCUCCUCGACAUAAAAUUGAUGGUGCAGGUUUUCAUAAACUCCAGAAAAAAGUGCUGUGGCUUCUUAUUGUAACGAUUUAGUCAUAUUUUACACAAACAGCCAAACCAGUAAUAAGACAGUUAUGAUGAAGAUGUUUGUUAAAGCUCAUUAACUUUAUUGAUAAGAAAUAAAUCUACUCGCGAUGGCAGAUUGUUGUAUUCCACAUUGUAAGUGUUGUGCAGAAACUGUUUUUGAAACAAAUCAGUGCAAUUUACAAAAUGAAGUAGAAAUGACAGCACUGCAGUAAAGAUGUCAUAUGAUUUCCAAAUAUCUGUCAUUUUUUCUUUUUUUGUAUUUCAGGCUCACACUAGUUAAACUAUGUGGCCUGGAGUCUGGAUUUCUGAACUCUGAUGCAAUAAAAAGCCUCUCACUUGCGCCUGAGCUAACUCAUUCUGUCAUAUUCGGUUUCGCUGCUGCAUACAUACACACUCUGAAAGCCUUUUAACAGCACAAGUUUUUCCUUGCCUUUUUCCAACAAAUUAAUUAAACAUGAAGCGCUUCAACAGUCUGAGUUAGUAUCCACGUCUGGUGUGUUUUUUUUUUCUUCUUCUUUCGCGCCAUUCCCUUUGGAGAUAAGAUGCAUCCAAAUUCCUCUGCAUGUCCUUGAGAUGUCCCACAUAGCGUCCAAAGAAGUACUUUAUUAGCAUUCACUGAAAGUAUUGCAGAGGCAGAGAUCUGAGGUGACCCAGAAGCCAAGGACCACUCUUGACAGGAUUACAGAGUUUCUUUGGCUUGGAUGUGGGUGGAAGGGGGAGAGAAAGAGAGAGAGAGAGAAGGACUCCAAUCUUAUCCAGACCGGCAUAGAGUCUGCAGAAAGGCGCAGCAAAGUCUCUGAGCUUCAGGCAAAGAAACUGAUGAAGUGAAAAUUGAGCUGUUGGCCUGUAAUAAGUUUCACUGGGGUUUCUGUAGCAUAUUUGUUGGUGUAGUCUAUUAGCAGUGGUUAUGUCUAACACAUUUUUCUACGGCUGUAUGACAUUUCUUACGGCUGCCCUUUCUACGUGUGAGAAACUCCUCUGUAUGUUCAAGCCUCAUGCACUAAUUAAAUGUCAUAGAGCUCUUAAUAAUUGAGGUUUUCAGCCAACUUCUGCUCUUGGUAUCACAUUAAGUACUUCCAGCCCUUCAAUCAGUUUUAUUCAUACUGAACCGCGCACUUGUUCUCGAAGCCUGUCGUAUGGGUUUGCAUUUUUAAAUCCAGCGUUUUCUACUCCACUCUGCAGGUUGAGUUUUCUUGGCAGCAGUCAGAGACAAGUAUUUCGGAAAAAUGCAGGAAAAUUCAGCUUGUGGCAAGGAUUGAUGUUCCAGCGGGCCGGUGAUUUGUAUCACUCAGCUCAAACUCCUCGUGGAAUUUCUUCAGAACAAGAUUGUGAAAGUCCUUGAUAAGAGAGCCAAAGGUCUGACCCUGGCCAUGUAAAAGCACGAGAAACCUUUGCAGGUGCUCAGAGAUGGUCUCUGAGAUACUCCUUAUUCAGCUUGACUGACUUUGAGUAAUCUGUGGGAUUGGAUUACUGAAAUCCAAAAGUCUCAAUGUGCUGAGUCAUCGGCUUUUUUUACUAAAGAUCAGUGUCAACUUCAGUUAGAAUUUCUGUUUCUGUUUCAGUUAGAAAUUUAGAACAAAAACGUCUGAACUUUACCUGAAGUUACAGAAAUGUUGCUCUUGCUCCUUGACAUGAAAUAUAUACAUUUGUUUGAAUAAUUCAACUGCAUUUAAAAAAAAAAAGCAGAAAUCUUGAUACAUAAACACCUCUUUUUGCCGAAUAGAAGUAGGUCAAGACAGUUUUUUUUAAAUUAUUUUAUUACAUUUUAUUUUUAUGGCGUGUUGCUGGUGCAGCUGUCUAUGUGCACCUUAAAUUGGGAGGUUAUGCCACAAACAAGCUUCCCAGGUUUGGUUCCAGCCUUUGGCACUCCCAACUCUCUCUUCCUGUUUCCUGCUCUGUCUGCUGUCCUCUCUAAAUAAAUUAGGGCUGAGCGAUAAGAUCUAAAAAUAAGACCUCCGAUUUUUUUCUACCGAAAACUUGACUUAUAUGAUUUUCUUCUUCUCCUGAAAAUUAAAAUGACACAGACAUGAUGACUCUAAACACUUUGGUCUGUUCGAGGUGACUAAUAAGCCUUUUUCCAAAAUACACCCUUUGCUCAUGCUAGCAGCUAUGUUGUCAUUGUUGGUGUUGUUGUUGUUGUUAUUGUGUAUUUGUCUCUGCAGAAAGAGAGGGGAAGGGAAAAGGGGGCCAACAAUUGGAGCCCAGAGGAGGGGGAGUGGUGGAGGAGGGGAUGUUACAAAGAAAAUUUAGACUUUUAUCCUUGCAAAUCUUACAAAACAAAUGAGUCCGUGUAUUGCACAGCUUUUUGUGAAAUGUUUCUCCACAUGCAUCACCUUCAUCAAAGCAAAUGAAAAAGGAGACACUCAAACACUCAUUUGAUAUAAUUAAAGACUUGUAGCUACUCAUGGUACAGUUUCUAACCCCAGGCUGUAGAAAACAGGGAUGACCAUAUCCUGCACGUCAUGAAAGGCUGCUCAUUCAUUCGCCUUGCCUUGAUUUACAUCCUGCCACAACCAGCUGCCAGAGCCAUUUUGUGUGUGAGUGUUUGGAGAGCAGAGGGGGUCGGGCUGUUGAAGGCGUCUUAGGAAAGGUCUGUGUUCUUUUAAUGUGACAGAAAUGUGAACUGGAGAAACCCCCCUCCUCCUUUCGCGCUGACCUGCGCACACUCACAAAUUCAGCUGGGUCCAACCUUGACCGAAGCACUUGUGUUUUCAGGCCAUAGGGUGAAGGAAGAGACUUGUGGCCGAGAGUCAGCAGGUUCCUGUAAACAGAUAUAAAUGCCUCAUACACUUGCUACUUUAUGCCAGAGGCAGUGAGAGAAAAAUGAGCUCCGAACUGUGACUUGUGUACAGUGUGUGUGGGAGGGAAAAAGAUUGUAAGCUGGGGAUGGUUAUACCAUUGAAAGGAGGAAAUGAGGGUGAGGGUGAGGGUGAAGGAGAGAGGGGAAAAUGGGGUGAGCAAGAGAGGUUUCCUAAGCUAAUAAAAUGCUCUGAGGGACGGAAGCUGCCAGCCAGCAUUCCUGUGCCAUUAGAUAAGUCAGCUCACUGCAGCCUCCAGUUUCUCUGCAGUGCUGAAGUGGCAAGCUGAGGUCACCACCGGGGAGUGAGGGGGGCGGCGGUGGGGGCAAUAAAUUCUGAAUGCUUUUGUGCACGGUCGUUGCUCCUCUGAAGCUCUUUGGUUGAUGAUUUACUCCUGAUUUUACGAGCAAAAGCUGCAAAUUAUCAUUCAUGUGCUUUCAGAGUGCUGUCUAUUUAAAAUGGCCUUCAACAGCAGCGGCUCUGUGCUGUUCGUGUGAAAUGGAUGAAUGAGUUGUAUUCACUGCUGUAAAUGUCCUAAAUAGAGAGUUUUCAACACGUAAUUCUGUACAAAUCUGCACAUUUGAUCUUGAAAUGUUCCUGUUAAAAAAAAAAAAAUCCAGCUCUUCCCAGACGAGUAGUUUGCAGGUUCUUAAGUAGAAACAUACGCCGAGGGUGAUGUGAUCUGCUGGAACUAAUUUAAGAUUUUAAAUGCAAGGUCAGAUAUCGCGCUCGGCACAGGUCGGAUUGUGUUCCUCACACUGAGCGCUACCAAAUUCACACUAGCCAAAUGGCACCACACAAGCUUCUAAGUGUGACAGAUUGCAGCAAUACCAGCGAAGUCAAAGAGCUUUUCUUGCACACUCAGUUACAGUCCAUCAAACUGAACCGUUCACAAUGAAACGGCUCUAAUGCAGAAGCUUGACGCUUGUUUUUUAAGAGGCUGUAGAUCCAUAUUCUCCCUGAGGUAGAGUAUUUCUGGGCUGCAAAUGAAGAUUGAGCUCUCAAAGGAAAAUAUCUGUCUCCAAAUAAUCCUUUUUCUGGGAAACUGCCUGUGCUGUGAGACGUCUUGUUUAAUUUCAGUGAGUUCUCUACAGUAACCUCAUUGUGAUUACUCUCAGAAGGAUCUUCUGCCAGUUUUUUUUUAUUUAGGUUCAACACUGACUACAUUUCAGUUCCAAGUUAUUCAAAAGAGAUCAGCCAGUCAGGCCCCUUUGGGAUUUACAUUUUGAAGGAGAUUUAAAUAGGACUGUUGACUUUUAAUCUCGCGCAGCCUUUUGCAAAGAUCAACAUAUUGAUAAAGAGGCAGCUUUGCCCUUUCACUCUUCACAGAGUGAUGCAGACAGUAAUAAGGACCUCACAGUGUAAAUCAGUCGGUUGUGUUUGUAUAGAAGUCAUCGUACUUGUUCUCUCUGCCUCGAACACUGUUACAACCUGGAAUUCAAUCAGGCUAUUUCUGCUUUGACUUGAGUGAUUGACAAAGAAAACCAGUUCAAAAGGAAACAUUUGCUGAAUGCACGAGUUGACUGUGAGAUAUUUGUUCGCACCCGAGCAAAGUAAAGGGUUUCACAGCCAAGUACUUCAAGUCUUUUACACUUUAUACUAAGAGGUAGAAUACAAUGAUCUGUAAGAGGAACUUUGUUAUGGCUCCUCAUGAAUUACUGUGUAUUAUAACUAUUUCUAGUGCCUUAUAACCAUAGACUGUAUACGGAAUGGACACCGUCUGCCUCCUCACUGGGUGAAGCCAUUCCGUGAACAGCACCCUCUAGUGACGGGCUGCAGUAUAGCUCAUUAAUCCCGCCCCUGCCAGCAUAGUUUAGGGGGCUGUGGACAAACUUUACAAAUUUAUUACACAGAACAUAAAUUUUUCUCCCCGCUGCUUGUGAUGUUGAAAUGUAGUUAUUGUAAGACUGGUUUGUGCUCAAGUCCUCUUUUUCUGUACAGCUCCAUUUUUAAAAGUAAUUAGGUGGUUCAUGUUUUCUAUGAUUGACACUUGAUACAGCCUACGGGUGUACGAAGAUUGCGUAGCUCGCCCAGUGAAUACACUGUUUGAACCGAGCGUCAUCACAGGGACUCUCGGCGACUCUCCCGCCGAAUGCGCACAACGCUACUGUGCAAGUGGUGGAGUGCGUACAACGCUAGUGUGCAAUGUUGGUUUCAGGAAAUGGAGAGAAAACGCUGAAUUACAGAGACCUUUUUGGCUUUAAAUCCGUAUACUGGUGGAAGGCGGAACCAAGUUGUCCAUAGGAUGUACAGUCUAUGCUUAUAACCAGUGAGAUAAUUGUCGCAGUAUUGUGACUGUGAGAGAUUACCGUCACAUCUCUCUGUGGUUUUUCUGUCAUUCCUGUUAUUGUCUGUAAACACAAAAUUAAUGACCUCUUUGUUUCCUCGUCUCACAGGCAUGCUGGUGGUCAAUGUAACCUGGCGGAACAAGACAUAUGUGGGCACCCUGUUGGACUGCACACGACAUGACUGGGCUCCCCCCAGGUAAGAAGCUCAUUUUUCAUUUAUACAGAAUCUUCUAUAUAAUCUAGUACAGCAUAUUUUAGCAAUAAACAGAAUAAAGUGUCAAAAUGUGCAGCACUGAUUCUGCACACCAGCUCUAUCAAUGCUGCUAUUGUCAGAGCUCACGCUGCAUGCACUGGUUUGCAUAGUAUCUGCACUUGACUGUCACAGAUGGUCGCCGUAAAUGUCAAGGUAGAAAAGGAUUCAUGAUUGCCAUGAAUCAUUGAUGCGUUCUCUUUAUCCGAGCUGCACUUGCUCUCUUAACCUUUUCAUAUUGUAUGUGACAUGAAUCUGCUGUAGUAGCAUCAGCUCAAGGAUGUAUACAGCGGGAUGCAGCUACAUGACUGUGUGCCACCGGACCUUCUACAUUCAUGUUAGUUUUUAUCUUCAGUCAGGGGAGAUUCAUUGGCACAAGGCUAAUGCUCCAGAAGGUGGCUGUAGAAAUUGAAAGCUGCUUUUACAAGCCAGACUGUGGAGUACAAUUAUUGGGUUAAUAGCUUUUUCUCAGCAGUGUAUAAUAUUCCCUAUCACACAGGCGGCAAUUUCUUAGAACAGAGUUAUGUGGGCGGUAGCUCAAGGUGUUAGCAAUUUCUGAGUAUUUGCCUUUGUUAUGCAAAACACCCUGGUUGGGUAAAAUACACCUCCAAGCACUUGCUUUGAUUUAAUACAGCAACACUGUGUCUAAAUGUAAAUAUGACUAUACUUGGAAUGCAAAAAUCAAGAUUAAAGCAGCGUUAAUGGAAAACAAGGAUCGGCUCUAUCAAACUAAUGUAUCACAGCACAUCAUCAUAAUGUUUAGUAAGUGAAGUUUGCUGGGCUGUAUUUGCACCAAGAUAGUCUUACAGUUUCCAGCAUGACUACAUUAGGGACACACCAUGAAUAAUUCAGAGAGCUUUCAACAAACUGAAUAUAAACUUGGGCUUGUAAUGAGUCUAAAUUCUUCUACCACUGUCUGACUGCGGAUGUGUUCACAUCCCCUGCUGCGGCUGAAAUUGUUUGGAGAGACUCGUAGAGGAAGCUGUGAGUCAUACUAGCCUGCUGUCUCUCAUUGUCACAGAUUGCUAACCUUCACUGCUGUGGAGAAAGAUAAUUACAUUACUGUUAUGGCGAGAUAAGGCCAAACUGCUAUUUUAAGUAUUUGAACGACUGCAUGUUUUGAUUACAAAGCAGCCAGACUGCUCACUGCUGUCUUUUCUAAUAAUGUUUAUGUGUCCUUGAUUUGGAAAGUCAUUUAGCUCUGGAAGUACUUUCUCUGGAGUACUUACUCACUUAUGAUCCACAGAAUAUCAGAAUAGUAUCAGGGGACAGGACAAAAACAUCUCUAUAUAUUUUCAUGCUACUGUUAAUUGUAGACUUGGAACUCAAAUGGGCUUAGAAAUACUAUCGCACAACUGGUUUGAGUUUCAUGGUCACAUGUGGAUUAUAAUGGUUACUCAGGUUUGCUAAGUAGCCAUGACACAAAUGUUUGUCAUUUAUGAGUGAAAAGAUAUGCAAAAGUACCAGAAUAAAACUGCUUCAUUUGUUUGUUUUUCUGUUGUUGUUCCUAUCAAAAUGAAGGGUAGACAUCUGUUGUUGUUUUUCAUGAAAUACAGCUGAUUACUGCCAAACAGCCCAGUUUUAUUCUCAGUGAUUUGAUGUUGUAAAUCAUAAUAAAACUUAAUGAAAUUUCAACGGGGUUAAUUGUUUGAACUGGCAUUAAAUGAAUCAGUUCCUACAGAAACAUUAAUUUAAAUUGGGUCCCUAAUUAUUUGAAUUGAAUUUAAACUGUGUAUAUUGCCAUUCGGAACAAGUGAAGUCAGAAUCAGGACCAGAACCAGGUUUAUGACCAAGGAGAUUUACAUUUACAUUAACAAGGAAUUUGUUUGGUGUUCUGGUGCUAAAACAACAAUCACAAAACAACAAUGAAAUGAAAACUUAGCUAGAGACCCAACCUGUAUUGUAAUAAAUAGAAUUGUAAUCCCACAAAUCUCUUAAACAUGACUUUUUCGCCUCCUCAGGUUUUGUGAAUCCCCCACAAGUGAUCUCGAGAUGAGGAACGGCCGUGGUCGAGGUAAGCGAAUGAGACCGAACAGCAACACACCCAUCAACGAGAACAGCAACUCGUCAGACAACAAGGGCGCCACCAACAACAAGACCCGUGCAGCCUCUAACAGCAAGGGCCGCAGAGGAAGCCAGACGCCAUCGGAGCGCCGCACCCCGCCUAACAGCAACACAGAGGACAUCAAGGCCAGUCCCUCCUCAGCUGGGAAACGCAAAACCAAACCAGCCUCAGACAUGGAACCUAAUUCCAGCUCAGAAGACACCAAAGGCAACAAGCGGAUGAGAACAAACUCCAACAGUGGAGGGGUCGGACCAACAGGUCUCCCUAUCCCCUCUAUUAAGACUGAGCCACUCCCACCUCCCCUAGAUCGCAGCUGUCCCUCUCCAGUUCUUAUCGACUGCCCACACCCCAACUGUAACAAGAAAUACAAGCACAUCAAUGGUCUGAAGUACCACCAAGCGCGUGCCCACAAUGAUGACGACAUUAAGUUGGACUUAGAUGCAGACAGUGAAUACGGAGAGGAUUCAACCCUCCACCCUGAACCAGGAAACUGUAACGGAGCAUCCAUCUCUCAGAAAGGAUGUUUAUCCCCUGCACGUUCAGUGACUCCAAAAGGUAGAAACUUUGACGCUCAGAGUCCUUCCCCUUCUCCGGGGAAGUUUGGUUCCAAACAGAGUAAAAAGAAAAUGGCUGAGGCAGACCCAGAAACUGGUGGUACACCAAUGGAUGGAUGUGAUGAUGGGCUGUGUCUCACUGAUGAGGCCAGUAAUGAUGGUAUAGAUGACAAGAGGGACAAGUCCAAAAAGGGUACAAAAGCAGAUAAAAUGGCCCAGAAAAACAUGAAAUCACCAAGGCCCAUCGGCCCUGGCUCCGCAGCAUCACAACAGAUGUAUUCUUUUCCUCCAGGAAACCCAAAUUCUUCCCCUGGGCUCACUCCAAUGAUACAAGGUAUCCCCAAGAGUCCCCAAAUGAAAGGCGCACAGCCUAAACCCCCUGCUAUUGGAGAUCCUGCCUCAAGUAGCUCCAAAGACAAGAAGAAGAAAGACAAGAAGAAGAAAGAUGGUGUGAAAGAGGCUGACAGCCCCAAGCCUCCGGGAAAGGGAGGAAAACUGGAGGAAGCAAAGCUCCCUUACACUGAACCUUCCGAUCAAGGAAAUAAGGGGGAAGGGCUCCUGAACGGUUCAUCAGAUCCUCAUCAAAGUCGCUUGGCCAGUAUGAAGGCUGAAGCUGACAAGAUUUACAGCUUUUCUGACAAUGCCCCCAGCCCAUCCAUUGGUGUAGCCAGUCGGAUAGAUGGUAGUGGCAUGCCCCAGCCUCUCACACCACUCCACGCGGUGAACCAGAACGGUGCGGACAACUCAUCGGUCAAAACAAACAGUCCAGCAUAUUCAGACAUUUCAGAUGCUGGAGAGGAUGGUGAAGGGAAACUAGAGGGUGUCAAAGUCAGGACAGAGGACCAAGCCAUCAGAGAAAGUGUCAAAAAAGCACUCUUUCCUAACCAGCCUCCCAGCAAGGAAUCCCCCUACUAUCCCGGCUACGAGACAUAUUACUCACCCAAUUACGUAAACCCUAGCCCUGGUGGACCCAAUCCAGGGACACCAGUGGCUGAGGGUCCGGUUAAGAUCAAAAAGGAUGAUGAUCAGGAUCCAGUUGAGGAAAAAGUCAAGGUUGAGGUACAUGAGGACCGCAAACCUGAUUGCAGCACUCCCAGCCAGCAGCAGCAGCAACAACAACAACCCUCGGUCAUCCAACAGCGAUCCAACAUGUACAUGCAGCCUCUUUACUACAACCAGUAUGCGUAUGUCCCCCCAUAUGCAUACCAUCCUGAUCAAGCCUACCAUAACCACUUGAUGAACACCAACCCAGCCUACCGGCAACAGUACGAGGAACGGCAGCGACAGAUGGCUGAACAGCAUCGGGUUGCCGAGAAGAAGUCUGAUGUAGCCAUAAAAGAACGAGAAACCUCCAUGAAGGAGGAGUGGAAGCAGAAAAGUCCAAUGCCACCGAGCCUCUCCAAACCCCCGAGUCAGUCAGACCUUGGAAAGGCACCUCAGCCUCCAGGCAAAUCGAGGGACUCACCCUCUGAGCCCUCCCCCAAAUCCAUGGGAAGCAUAAAGGGGGAGGACCCCAAGUCCCAGCAAGCUGAGGGGUUAAAGAUGAAGCUGACUGAAGGGGGGCACCAUGGAAAGGAGGACCCAAAGCAAGCACUGGAGUCCAGAGGUCAGGCAGGGAUGGAGCAGGCCAUGUGGUACAGACAGGUAAGUAUCAAAUAAGUACAUCAGCUUUGGCAGAUAUGCUUUCAAGAAUGGUAUUUAAAUGUUAUCUCCCCCCUUCAGCAGUAUCCUGAGAGCCAGAAGCCCCAAGCGGAGGAUGAACACCAGCAACAACAACCUCGAUGGAAAGACGAAAGGGACAGAGAACGAGAACGAGACCGCAAACUAAAAGAGGACCGGCCCAGGCCCAAGGACAGUCAAAGUGGGCCAAAGGAGGACGGCAAAGAGGGUAGUGAUCCCAGGAUCACUUCUGAGGAACACCGGGCCAUGAGCAAAGACUCUCGUUCUAACCCUCACAUGCAGUUCUCAUCACCACUAGCACAGCACCAAGGCUACAUGCCCUACAUGCAUGGUUACACCUAUGGACAAGGCUAUGACCCCAACCACCCAGGAUACAGGAGCAUGCCUUCAGUAAUGAUGCAGAAUUACCCAGGUAUGAAACAAGACUAAUUUGAUAUAGAUGUAAAUGUGAAGAAAUAAAAACUCCUAAUGAAAUAUAUGCGGGUUAUGAAAAACAGCCUACAGCGUUUGUAAAGCUGAUAGUUGCUCAGUGCUUCCUCUGGUUUCUUGUAGUAUGAUGCAUGCACGACUAAAAUGAGCAUCAGUAUUAAAAAUUCAUUAAGCUGUUGCCCCUACCUCCAUUUCAGGAGUACAUGAUGGCUAUUGAAUGGGAUGGGGAGCAGCACAGCAGUUUCAGAUUGUCUGUCAAGAGUAGCUGUACCAGACUCAGCAGGGUAUCAGAUUGCCCUUGUGCCGGUUUUAUUCAGAACUCGCUGAAUUUUAUGCCUAACAGCUCCAAUGUCAUUUUGUGUUUGUUUGCUAGAAAUUACAGUAAUGAUUGAAAAAUAAGAGCAGCGGGAAAUGAGUGUCGUUUUUGUUAGAGGAAAAGCACAGCGUGGCAGUAAUGAGCUUGUAAUAUAGGUCAGGUCAAUUAGGGAUCAAUUUUUUUGACAUGUCUUCCUAGCAGUGUUUUCAGAGGGAUUAUUGAAUGGUUAGUACUUCUCUGCUUUUAAUCUUCUCACAACUGUAUCAGUACCUGUUUGACACCCUGCAUCAAAAAUCAAACUCCGGGGGACCCCUGAAUGGGUACAUUUUAUUUUUACAACCACACUGCCGAUAGUGCAAUUUUAGAAAAAGUAAUUAAACCGAGGACAUUUGAGGCUCUGUUCAAUAAGAUCUUAGAUCUCAUAGAGAUUUACUUCAUCUCUGUGUAGCUCAAUCACUGCUGCUCUCUCUAGCUCUGGGCUCUUCCCAAGCGUUGGUUCUUUUUCAGGACUAUCUCAUGUCAAAGUAACAGAUUGUGUCUUUUCAAAGUGUAUAGUAUUGAAAAAUAUCAAAGUCCUGAACUUUUGACAGCCUUAUUCUUAGGUCUGACUCCAGGUUUCUGGAAGGUCUGAUAUUCAGUCUGUACCUGUAAAUACAUGUGUAACAAAAAGCACUUCAGUUUUUGUCCCACCAGUCAUGGUAUGAGUGCUGCUGAUGGCUUAAAUACUGUAUUCAUGUUGGCACCUUACAGCUACAGUUGGUCUGACUUUGCUUUUAAAUGAAAUGGAAUAACAUUUGGCAGCUGGGUCGAAUGUGUUAAAUCACACUGCAGUACCUACAGUAUAUUUCCAUUUUCUUACUUAAACAAUCCCGUGUCAAGAAAAUUGAUUCAUAUAGAGAAAAUCUGUUGGUGCUGGACUUUCUGACUUUAAAUUUGUGGGUGUCGCCCUCUUGUUGACGUGACAUUUCAUCCAGAAGUCAAACUUGGCAGCCUGUUAACCUCUGAAAUCAAUACAUCAUCCGCUAUUACGCUUGAUUGAUGUCAGCAUUAAUUCAGGCUAAUUUGUCACUUACUGCCAUAUUCAUAUUCAUCAUAAAGCUAAUUUUAAAAUAACCGAUUUCCUUCCUCACAUUUAGGCUCCUACCUGCCUGGAGGAUAUCCGUUUUCUCCAUAUGGCGGUAAAAUAGCAGGAGGUGAAGAAGGCAGCGACAAAUCUCGCGUUAGCCCUACUGUCUCCAAAACAGCAACAGACUCCAAAGCUCUGGAGAUCCUGCAUCAGCACGCCAGCCAAUACAAGAGCAAAUCCCCCACAGUAGGUGACAAGCCACCGCAUGACAGGGAUAGGGAGCAGGACAGAGGAGCCGCUGGAGACAGGGAUCGAGAAAGGGAGCGCGAGAGGGAUCGAGAAAGAGACGUGGACCGGCCACGAUCCUCGCCCUCCCAACGCAUCAUGCCCUCACACCACCACCUGGGAUACCCGCUGCUCUCAGGGCAAUACGACCUGUCCUACGCUACAGGUGAGUCACUCCUUACUACUCCUACCUCUGCUGUUAGCAGUAGUUUCACUUCACUGAAUCAAAUACUUAGAUAUCAUUCUUACUGAUGCCCCAAUCCAAGUAUCAGACUAUUUCUUCUAUACUUCUGCAAAAUAAAUUUAAACACAUCUAAUACCAGAACUUUGGUACUGGUAUUAGAAUCUGUAUUGGCCAGUAUCAGUAUUGGUACUGAUUCUGGUAACAGUAUCUAUUAGUGGUCCAGCAGACUUCAGAAUAAGGUACUAUACAUGUAAACUAGAUUCAAGCCAGCUACUUAAACUAAAUGAGGCCCACAAUCAGAAUACUUAAUGUAAAAUAGAUGCAGAAUGUUCAGAUCAGCAAUCUAAAUUCAGCUCAUAAAUAGGCAAUACUUCUGAUAGAACUACAUUUUCCAACUCGCCAUAGGUCUCUCCUCAUCAGCUAUUGUUGCCAGCCAACAAGCUGCAACCCCCUCCCUCUACCAACCGCCACGGAGGUGAGAACGGUAAGACCUCCUUGGCUGGAUAGAAAAGAAAACGACAGUAAAACAAAACACAAGCCUUCUGAGAGCCAUCAGUAACCUGAGAGCUGUGUUAAUGCAGGUGGCAGACAUUGUGCUCCACAUAAACGAGUCAGCAGGAGAUAUGUAGGUGAAGAGUUAUGUGUGCUGGCACAGAUGUCCCGUGAAUAUAAAAAAAACCCUUUUGUUUCCUUGUCCUCGGUUUAUUUGAUUCGAAGUGAAAAGAACACCCUGCUCUGCUCUGCCCUUACAAUAUUUAUGUUGUACAGCAAACCUGAAACAGCAACCUGUGAGGACAGCAAAUCCUGGCCAAACAUAGCCUUUCUGCCGCUGCUGCAAUCUAGUACAAUAUGCAGUGCAGCAUUUAGCCCCUCCAGCUCACCCAUCUUAAGUAGGUCCUGUGAGGACAAGUGGAUCAUGGUGUUGAUAAUAGAGACAUGAAAAGAGCCCGCCAAGACACUGACCCAGAGCAGACUGCACUGACAUCUAGUGGAGAGCUUUCAAGUUACAACUUGGUAAUGUGAAGGAGGAACAUAAACUCAGUGCCAGUUUAUGAGGUGCAUUAAGCUCAAAGUCAGGAAGUGUACUACAACAAGCCUGCAGUAAAUUUAGACAUAAAGGAGCUCAUUAUGUUCCAGUGAUUAAGCUGUGAAUCCAGCUGUAUACCAUGAGGAGAGGUAGGAUUCAAAAUGGGUCUGCAUUACUGUCUUCAGCCAGGUUUACAGAAGAAACUGCCUACUGAUCAGCAAUAAUAGAGAUGGAGGAGUAUUUUAAUGCUGAAAAAUGUAUGAAAACAUGUUUUAGAUUUAAAAUCAGAGUUUAAGACUUAACUUAUAAACCCAACUGUUAAACUAUAAAAUUAACUUAACUAUAGAAUAUGAUUAACUAUCAGAGCAAUAGUUUAUAUUUCUGGCUAUGUUUUGUCAGAAUAUUUCUAUUAUUUAUCAAAAAUGACUUUUUCUAAGAGUGUCUAUGUCAGUUAAAUUAAUAUCCUCAAAUAAUGAGCAUAUUUGAACCUCUUUUGCUGUAAAAGACAACUAAUUAAAGUCACUUUAAUAUUAAGCGUUGUAGAAAUACUAAUCAUACUAAAAUGGGGAAGUACUAAUACCAUUAAUAUCACUUUAAAAAACUUUAUUUCAACACAGGGUUUUAUUUUUGUACGUUGAUAAUGUGUAAAAGUCUGAGUCUGGACUGAGUCUUUUCUUUGUCUCCCUCACAGGGAAACCUGACCGUCACACCUCAACCCUGCAAAGAUUCAUGUGA